UUAGUUUGCGGAUGUCUCUGGGUGAAAAAUGAAGCAACAAACGAACGACUGAUUUCACUGGAAUCUCGUAUUUACUGUGUUCCUUGCACUAAGCGUGGCACGAUUGAUAAUCUUGACAGGAUGAUUUUCUCACCGACAAAAGAUAUCGCAAUAGACCUUUCCAAGAAGAUGCAGACACAAGUUUCAGAUGAUGGGAACGGUUAUACCUCGGGUAAAAUUUAUUCUUACUCUUCUUACUCGGAUGGCCUUAUGUACUUUGAGGAUGUUUAGACCUGCUUUUAUCCUCCCUCGGUUAAGACAUAACCUUUCAUGACGUGAGUUCGCGUUAACAACACGGAAUGUUUUGCAAUUCCAAAAUAGUAUCAGAUUUUAACUUAGUCUGACUUACACUGUAUGAAAGUGUUUUGUAAUGCUCCCUAGAUCUGACAGUAAUUAAGCCACUGGCACUGAUAAAAAAACUGAAGAGAUCUACAGCGUAAAUGAAGUUGAAUUUAUGAAUAAUGUGUUUACAAGGGCAGAACACGAUUCCUUCACGCGCCAGAUAGUCGAUAUCAUUACUAUACAGCUUUUCAACAAGAUUGUCUUUUUAACAUUUUCAGCUAGACAACACUAGAUGAGGUUUCUUAAACAUUUCUUUAAGUGGGGCCUGCAUGUGCUUCUGGUUUGAGGUUAUUUGGGGUCUCUGAAUUGAAAGGUAUUGCGUGACCAAUUUCAAGCAAUAAUGAUCCAAUUCUUGGCAAUUCAUUUUUAGAUUUAUCUGUUUGCUCUAGAUUGAGCUAUUUUCGUUUAGCACUUUCUGGAUAAAUUUUCGAAUAGUAUAGACAUUAUAGAUCAGUACAGACAAAAGGCGUGUAUUAAGAGAUUAUUCAUGGAGAUAUUUUCGUUUCUUUCAAAGGAGUUCAGUCUAACUUGAAAAACCUUUCUUAACCCUUAUGGGAUUACAUUAAGAGCUAUUGAAAGUAGGACUGGUGCUGAUUCAAGAUCUCAGUUGGCUUGAAAUUCGUGGGCAGGUCGUAAGAUUCGAUUCUUGUUCUUUUUCAAGUUACCUUUAUCAGAAAUGUCAGCCGUUUCAUUCUUUCGUUCCUUCACGAUCUUGCCCAUUUUUACAAUUUAUCAAUGGGUAAUUAACAGGUAUUAUCAAAUUUCACUUUACUGCAGUCAACCGGUUGCAAAUAAAGGAAUCAGCAACCGUCCGGGUAAGAAAGCGAAGAAACGUUUUGAACGACACUUCAACUGGCGUCACCAUACAAGAAGUGAGAAAAGAAAUCAGCAAACAGUUUGAACAACUUAUGCCCACCAAGUACUGUAGGUCAAGUGACAAGGUAUGUCCUGCAGGUCCCCCCGGAUAUCCUGGUCCCAUUGGAGCGAGGGGACCACGUGGUAAGAGGGGACCAAAGGGAAAGAAAGGUCCUCAAGGUCCCAUGGGUCCUCCUGGAAAAUCCGGAAAAACAGGACUAACUGGUCCCGCAGGACUGAGAGGAGAAAAGGGAGAUAAAGGAGACCCUGGGCCAAAAGGCAUGCCGGGACCACCUGGAAGGCCUGGGAAAUCGCUAUCUACUCCACAAGUGAUGCUGACGCCAGCAGAGCAGACACGAGACGAGGGAGGAAAUACAGCAUCUUAUUGCACGGUCGCCGGAAAUCCUUCCCCAAUCGUGGAAUGGCAAUUUAAGGGCAGAAAGCUUCUGUCGGGUGCAAAGUAUUUGAUUAAAGUAGGAGAGUUGAUCGUGAGAAAUCUAAAUUACAGCGAUGCUGGGCAGUACACAUGUGCUGCCAGGAACAUUCUUGGAUUGUCCGAGGCCACCUGUAACUUGACUGUUCGAGGUAAGGACAUAAUAGAAGCUUCCGAGAUUUACACACCCAGCUGCUGAUUGAUCAUUUUUAUGCGUGUCUCCGUUGUGUACGCUCACAAACGGCUGGGAAUGCAUCCUUCUCUUGUUUAAGGGUUUUCCAAUAGCUAAUUGAUUUCGUUUUGCGUCAUUCAUCACUUUUUGUAUUUGUGGUUUCACCGUUAAACUAGACCGGAAGCAUGCUUCUGACUUAAUAUAGGGUAAAACGUCUAAAACUUUACAUCGUGUAGAAGCUCCGUUUUCUAAAUAGUUCUCAGUAGUUUCUAUUCUUUGUUAUACGGUUUGUACUUGUUUUCAUUGUAAGGUUUUAUUUUUUUCCCUAGGACUUCCAAUAUUCACAAAAGUUCCACCACCACUUGCCACGCCAGUACAGCGCACUACCUUUCAGGUAGUUUGCCAAGCUGAAGGUUUCCCUCGUCCCGUAAUAAACUGGAGUAGAGUGGGAAUGUCUUUGCCAGCUGGAAGGACUGAAGUAAACCAAGGAACACUAACUAUUAAGAACUUAAAUCCUGCUGACAGCAGUUUGUACGACUGUAUUGCUACUAACAUUAUGGGAACAAAGAAGGCCAGGAUCAAUGUGGCCGUACAACGAAAGCCAGGUUUGCUCUAUUUAUUUGGUUUAGGGUGGUGGCAAAACUUCACUGUCAGCAAAUGGUCAUUUUCGUUUGCCCAAACGUUUUAGUUCUAGUUACAUGUAUGAGGUGGAAAUAACUUAUCUUGUUUUUAUAAACUGUUUAAAUAAUGACAUCAGUUUUGUCCUCAUCACUUGAGUUUCUUGCAGCUAUUGGAAGGACUGAUAUCAGACAGUCAAACCUGUAAGGGAACCUGACUAUGACUAAUAAGCGGUCACUUAUACCAAGUCUCAGAGAUCAUUUUCCUCAAUUACUUUAAAUCUAAACUGAAUAAGCCGUCACCUUAGUCCAGAGCCGUAGCUAGCGGGGGGGAGGGAGCAAGGGGGGCAGCCGCCGCCCCCGGACCUGUUGAGCCAGAGACAUCAAGUCUUUGGAUGGAUUUGUUUUCUUUAGACUCAGUUAUUUUGAUUAUAGUGACUUGCAAUUGUUUGCCGUUUUUAUAUUCGAGGUCGAUUUUUCGGAGACAUAUCUCAUGACAAGUGCUGAAAAUAACGUUUCGGAGCCUCCAAAUUUGAAAAUUUCCUGAGAGAGGAUAACCCCAGACCCCACUACAAGGCUCGUGGCUUCUGCACUCGCAAAAAUACCCCCGUUACAAAAAACCUAGCUACGGCCCUGCUUAGUCUACUAAGCGGUCGUCAGGUCACUUUUUCAAAGGCUCCAACGAGUUUGGCAGCGAAUGUCUUCACCUCUGUUGAACGGUCACUGUAGUUGCACCGGUGCAUCAGAUAUCUAUUUUAAUAUCUAAUUUAUUGUUUAAUAGUAUAUUUAAUGAACACUUUAGUUUUAGCUUCUUAGAUUCUAGAUUUUAUUUCUGUAAAUUUUAUGUAAUUAGUUAAUUGUGUCUGAAAAGCCCUGUAAAGGGAGACUCAAUAAAACGUAUGUAUGUAUGUAUGUAUGUAUGUAUGAUCAUGGAUAUUUUUCUUAGUCACCAUCUUCCUCUUUUUGAUUUUCCUAAUCGAGUUGUCAAACCUGUAUUAUACUAAGCGGUCAUUUGGCCCCGAUUGUGGCCGUUAAUGGUCUUUUCUACAUAUCCGUUAGGGAUAAGUUUGCCAAAAAUAAUGCACUUGUGUAUAUUAAUACUGAUUUUGUAUGUCAAUAACUCAACAAUGACAAAAUUCGAUGUUACAAGUUCCAAAGAAAGUCCGAUUCUGGCCAGUCUCCAAGAUAUGGAAUUCUCAUUACACCAUUUAGUGUCGAUUGUUCUUUUUCAGAUUUAGAAAACUCUGUUAUCGUGGGAAAGAGCAAAAAUCAUUUGAGAAGUUUAAGGAGUUGGCUAUCCCCUGUAGCGCGAAGCGUGAAUUCUCUCUGGAAGCGCUGUUGGCGUGCAUCCGUGGACGGCUGGGCUGCAACUACGUUUCACUCCCGAUGUGACGGCAAAGGUCCGACUGUGACAAUAAUAAGGGUCGGGAGAUAUAUUUUUGGAGGAUACACUAGUAUUCCAUGGGGUAAGUGAGCAUUGUAAGCCAAAGCGGUGGCAUUAACACCUUUGGCGCAUAUUGGCAUUGAUAUGUUCAGCUAAAAGUGCAGCUUGGUACCAAGCAAUAUGAAAUCAUGUAACUCUGCCUUUCAUACAUAGUUAAGCAGUGGCGAACAAAGGUUCUAGGUUAAUGGAUCUAGAGGUUGGCCCAUAUCCCCUCGUUCCUCCUGGGCCGAGGACCACCCCUCCUACACUCACAUGGUGUGAAUGAGCGCCACCCCCCACACCACUUCUCAAGUUCUGGUUCUGCAGAUCAUAAGUGAUGCAUUUCUAGCCUGUCAAAACGUGCCCAAAUUCCAGGCUAAUACUAUAAUAAUAAUAAUUUUUAGGUUAUAAAGUAUCGAUAUUGUUCUGACUUUCUUGCCACCCGGCUAUCUUCCAUCCCUCAAUUCCUACAUUGUAAAAGAAGCGACUAACGUACUUCAUCGAAAGUUUUUGGUAAAAUUCGCGAAUGUCCGCGAAGAAAAAACGCUCUUUUGAAAUGUGCAGGUACGUGAUACACCGAGAAGAAAGUUCGUUUCAGCAAACGGCUCCUGAAACUCUUUAUUGUCUGUUUCCUUUUAAUUUAUUGUCUUCUUAAUACAGUACCUUAAAAUCGAACGAAUUAUUCAUUUCAGUAAUAAAGAGUAUUAUUGCAACAAGCAUCAGUUUACAGUUUACAGGUUACUGAGUUUAUAUAUGAAAAAGAAGCUUCUAGCUUAGGCAAAUGGUAAAAAAGGUACAAACAAAUAAAUUUGGAGAUAAGGAUAAGGUAAGGAAGUGGCAAUGGACUCCAUUUAACAAACGUAUUUAGCGAUUGACCGACAAAAUUUACACUAGAAUAGGGCUUUUUGGCUAGCCUGCGAAUGCUUUGACCUGUUAACGAAAAUGCACAACGGGACCAUAGUAUUACACAAGAACUGUUAUUUAACUGGAAUAGUGUCACAUUCACUUUGAUAAAAAUCAUUAUUUUCUUACGUUGACAAUAAGUAUAACCGAUUGAUUGAUUUUGACAAGGUUUUUAUCUAUACCUAUGUUAUAGUUUUAAGCGUAAUUGUUAAAUAGUAACUCAAGAAGACACUACGAUGCGUAGCUAUUUUCUGGUUUCUUUGAGUUAACAAUGUUUUAAAAUUAGUGUGUUAAAGUUUAGUUCUGGUUUGCUUUUAUUUGAAUGAAUAAAGUCUUGAAUGUACUUUUCAUUUACUUAUUAUUAUUAUGUAUUUAUUUGAGACGCAAAAUUUUACCUUUACUACUUUUUGCAAUAACAAUAAAACUGACACGAUGAUCCGCGAACUUGAGUCCAUGCCAUCCUCAUUUUUUGUUUGGGGUGAUUUGCGGUCCUCGUUGGGGAUGAUUUACGGUCGAGGAUCAUUUGUGGUCCAUUUUGGGGAUCAUUUGCGGUCUAAGGAUCAUUUGCCAUACUGUACAAAACUCUUUCCUAAGCGGACGAACUGACUGGUCCAAAGAGGGACGACCGCACUGGUUGCCUGCGUGCAGACGUCUCCUAUUUCCUUUGUUGCACGCGGAAAAGGGACGUCUGCGUAACGCCGUCGCUAAUCGUGUUCCAGCGUCCCGCUGGCAGGGUAUUCUAUUUCGCAUAAAUUGUGAAAUAAUAUCCGGUUAGAAAUAAGAGUUGACAGGCCAAACACAACAUCAUAAGCUCGUGAUAAUGCGAAACGUGACCUUGAGAGUCUGCUUGGACAGAGGUUUUUCCUCUUUGCUUUUUCGAACGAAGGUUACUAGCACCUCACAGUGCAUGUAGCAUUCUCAACUUUGACUGAGUAAAUCUCGUUUUUGCCGCACUGUCUUACAUUUAGAGGUCAUGAAGCAGGUUUGUUACAUGCAUACUGAGUAAUCAUUUCCUCUUGUUUAUGCUUCUGUGGGUGUUCCUGAUAGGAUUUGAUUUCAGAUGCAGUUGUAAAGUGUUAAAUUUUCUUUGACCUCUGUUUGUUACAGCAAAAAUAAAGAUUUUAGUUUCUUUGGCUGGCUUUCUCCGCUUUUGUAGUUUUCUCAGACACUGUUUAUAAAUAUGAUGUGAUGUGUUAUGCACAGUAAAUUGUCAAGAGAUAAUUCCCUCGUACACGUUAAAUUUUCCGCGACCUCGCACAAGAUUUCAUCAAACGGUCUGCACACAAUGGCACACGUUUUGAAUUGUUUUGGUUGGAAAACCCCCAUUACAUAAAUCACCGCAUACAUUAUCAGACCAGAUUCGAUAACAACCAAUCAGCGUUAUGUCAAACAAUGCGCACUGUGUGUCAGCCUAUCACAGCAUGUUCCCAAGAUCUUGGGAACCCAGCGGGACGCUGGAACACGAUUAGCGACGGCGUUACGCAGACGUCCCUUUUCCGCGUGCAACAAAGGAAAUAGGAGACGUCUGCACGCAGGCAACCGCACGUGGGACGAAAUAUGUAUUUGUGCAAAUUUUCUCCUUGCAUUUGCGCAAUAUUUGCUAACAAUUAACAUUUAACGGUUACUCUGUACGUAUACUGUGAUAAAGUUCCAUGAUGUUAAGGAAGCUAUCCAGAGUUCAAGUUCAUUACCUUUCAUUGCCAACUUUAAUUUGUUUAUAAAUGCAAAAACAUAACAGGAAAACAUCAACGACAAUACGCUCGGUAUAUGGAUUCUUUCAGUGUUUGUCACAAAUUAGUUGUUUCUUUGUUCGCGGAUGACAAUCAUACGGCCGGAUAUCGGUCUAAUCUACAGUUUAUUGACAGCCAAAUGUAUUGAUUUAUCUUAAUUAAUCUACUACAGUACGUAUAAGUCAAGGGUCGUAAUCAAAUACUACUAUUGUCAAUUCAGUCCGCUUCCGGUGUCCUCUUAAUAGACGUUUUUAACAAUUAGCCAUAUAGAAUUUAUUUUAGUGUCCACGUCCGCUUAACAGAGGUGUCCGCUGAAUACGGGCUCGUUAUAAAGAGAAAUAUAAGACGUAAAUUUCGGGACCCAGCUUAGUGUCCGCUUAAUAGAGGGUGUCCGCUUAAUUGCCCAAAUUUGUAAAAGCUGAGGAGUAAAUCUGGAGCAAAGAUGGUAAUUGCCACAUUUGCCUAGUUAUUUAUAUAAUUACACUCCCUGUUCUUGGUAUGCAAAUGUGGCAUUUACAUCUCUGCCAUAUAUUUACUUCUCAGUUUUUACAAAUUUGCGAGAUAUUUGAAAGGAGCAAAUUUGGGCAAAUCCAUUUUUUUCGCCAAGUGCCGCUAACAGGGGGUUUUUAUGGAACGUAAUAAAAUGAGGCAAAAAAACACAAAACUACACAUAGGUUUUGGGCUGUUUUAGCAGCACAUAAUAUCCAUGGCCAUUAUUAUUCAUUCAAAAUAUUUCCCCGAUUCUGAAUUUUGUGUUUAGCGAGGAAAUGACGUAAAAAAAUGCAGCGUUUUUGCAGGUUAAUAUACCGUUAACCGAGAAGACCUGUGGACGAGGUUGAGUUGUUUUGGUUGUGGUAACAAAAGUGGCGGACAUUUCACUCGUUUCAAGAGUAAGAACUAGGCGAAAUAAUAGCUAAAAACAUGGCAAGAACAGCAAGAACACAACUCGAAGGGCGACAUCUGCUAUUUGGAGAAUAUUUGCGGAGCUGAACAACCCUAAACGUGCACUAUCAAAGAUGAACUUAACAUCGAUGGAGGUAAGCAUGUCUUAGCCACGUUUUUGAACUAGGAAUUAUUUUGAAUGAAUUAUAAAACAAUUAUUGAAUUCGGCUUUCGUAUCAUCUCGGAGGGUGUUAUCCGCCUCGGCCUACGGCCUCGACGGAUAACAGCCUCUUCGAUCUCCAUAAUUCUUCAUAUUAUAGGGACUGUGCAAUAAUUAUCAGGAGGGGGGGGGGGGGCUGAAAAACCAGAGUUAUCUAGCAAAAACUUAGACAGUACCCCCCCCCCCCUCCAAAACAAAAAAAAAAUAGUUAUAACCCCCCCUCUGUUAUGUUAAAAAUAACGUCGCACCCCCCCCCCUCCCACCACACUGGUAAACUCAAAACUGGACUGAGCUGCCAUCACAGCUUCAAUAAUGACAAACGUUAUUAUGUAACAUCUAGUAUCGAGAAGGAUGUUGAUCGCUUGAUUGAAGAUUUAGACAAAGCAUUUGCUAAGUACCGGGGUGCUUACCACAUUGGCUCAAAAUCUAAAAUUUCUGAAGCCAGAAAGAGAAAGGAGCAGAGGAAAAGAUCAAAGAACAGGAGAUUGAACGCUUCAAAUAACAGACGAAAAAGAGCUUGCAUUAUAUUUAGAUCCUUGGGAGGAGAGCCUGUUGAACUUUGUUAUGAGCCACAUAUAUAUGGAAUUCUGCAAAUCGAUUCAGUCGAUGAAGAAACAUUACUUUUUGUCAUCAAAAACCGACAAAGCUUGUCUACGAGAUCUGUUUGAUUCCCAUUGUUUUAUGGGGGAAGCUGAAAAACAAGUUCAUGAUUUUUGCUUUACAUAGGAUCAGCUCAAUUAAUUAGAAGACGGGUUGAAAUUGAUCAGUUGUGAAUUUGCUUUUCAUUUUGAUGGAAUAUUUUCAAUAAUCGUUUAACCGCUGUUCGUGUUGAUAUUUGUUACAGUCUAUCAUGAUGCCUGUAUUGAGAAUCUUUUAUUGCGUUUAAUUUUAAUUACAUUUCGAAUAAAACUUAAGGCCCCCCCUCCGUCAAAUGAGUGAUUUUACUUUGAGCCCCCCCUUAUCUUGGCAGCAAUUUUAUGUAAUGCCCCCCCUCUGGUUUUAGGGCCCCCUCCCCUCCUGAUAAUUAUUGCACAGUCCCUAAGAUACCCAGCCUUCUUCAUUAAUUGUUAAUUUUUGUUCUCGUAACUUUAUGUUACUAGAAGCCCCAGUGGGUUUAAUUGUUCUCAAUUGCAUUUUGUUUGUUUUGAUCUGAUAUCUUUGUACUUACUCUUGCCACGAGUAUAGCUGUAUCUUUUGCGAAAAUACCUACACGUAAAUAAAAAUAAAAUAAAAUAAUAAUAACUUUUAGGGCCAUUUACACCAGGAAAAAUGAGACGCGUCUCACAUAAGACGCGUCUUAAAUAAGGCGAACUUUCCGUUUAAACGGCACAUUUCGUCUACAAUAAGACGCAACUUAGCUAAGACGCGUCUUAUUUAAGAACAGCCCUUAACACCUGUUCUUUAGCCUGCAAAGCGGGCGUAUUUUGGAGCACGAUCCAUGAAUUGUUUUCAGGAAUGACGUUGUCUCGCCAUCUUGGACGUUAAUACUACCAGAGAGUUGGGACGAGUCAAAAAGUGAUUUUAAGGGAGAGGUAGAUGGGUUUAAAAUAGGGGAGGGGGAGGGGAGAGGAGGAAAAAAUACGCCUGCCCGCAGCCAUUGUUCAUUUGGCGAACCCGCACACUAGAUCGACGGGGACUCUGAUUGGUGCGGUUUCAGAUGUUUGAUUGCUAGCUGCCAAUCAAGGGGACACAUUUUUUACGGACCCUACGAGAGGAGUAUUUUAGUCUGAUUCAUCCGAAAUUUUAAAACAUGGCGGAUUUGGAAGACUUCGAUUCUGCCCUGGAGAAAGCUCUUUCGGCGCUCGCUGGACUGGGAACAUUAAAUUGCGAUCGGAACAAAAGCAAGCGGCCACGACGCUGUUGUCGAGGCAAGAUUUAUUAGUAGUUCUUCCAAAAGGCUUUGAAAAAAGCCUGAUCUUUUAGUUGUCGGUGCGGGUGAAAGAAAUAUUGACAGGCAAACCUGCAUGUGUGAUCGUUGUUUGCCCUCUAAAAAGUAUUGUGCACGAUCAAUUGUCCGAAGCAACUGCGAUGGGUUUAACGGCCACAUCACUUUCGGACUCCAGUUUAGAAGAUGUAGAGAACGGUAACUACCAGCUAAUCUUUGGAUCUGCAGAAGAUCCCUAACCCUAACCCCUAACCCUAACCCUAACCCUAACCCUCCCUGCCCCUCCCCCCUUCCACCGCCCCUCGCCCUUAGUCUUUUUCGUUGCUUUUCAAGAUGGCGGUCACGAUCAAUGUACCUCCGAGUUUUCGUUAAAAAACGCCUGCUCUGCAGGCUACCUGUUCUUAGAUAAGACGCGUCUUAGCCAAGACGAGAAAAACUUCGUAUAAAUGACCUUCGCGUCUUACAUAAGACGCGAACGCAUAGUACGCAUGCGUUAAUUUUUUGAGGGAAAAUUUUCGCUUGUCCCGCAGCGGACUGGGAGCCUACUAGCAGGGAAAAGUUGACAACAAAUUGCAACGCGUUUCCGUUUGCUUGGGUUGCUAUCUAUUCUAAGACUUUUAAGCUUUCUUUGUUUCUUCGCUCAAGUAUAAUGAGCACGCCGACAAAGGCAAAACGAAACACGUGGUCCACUGCCCAAAAAAAAGGACCUUUUGUUGCUCUGCAAGAAGAGGGCAAUAGUAUACCUUCUGGACAAAUAUUGGAUUGCCGUUGCUACGGGCAACAUUCACAUGAAAACGAUUCAAGAACAGAAAUAAGACGCGAACCAUUCAUACGAGCUGUUUUCGUCUUAACACAUGCUCGUAUAAAUGGCAAAGUCCGCGUUUUAUUUAAGACGCGUCAUAUUUUCCUCGUAUAAAGGGCCCUAAUAAUAAUAUCAAUAAUAAUAAAGGAAAGAUUGAAACUGAGAAAAAAUUUUGUUUUUGAUAAAUGACGUUCAUUAGAGCAACUCGAUCGAAUUUGUUUUAUGAGAAUAAGGUUUUUUUUAUUGUUUUUAAUUAAUAAUAAUCAUCAUCGUCAUCGUCAUCAUUAUGACAGGCACAAGGACAAUGUCGCUAACUUAUCUUAGAAAAGUUUUGUUUCAUUUCUUUUAGCUUCUGGUUAUGCCCGGUAUCAAGACGACUCAAAAGCCUUCUUAUUUUCACUGGUAAACAAGCCAGGAUGGGCGCCUUUCAAAUUGCCUCAGUCAGGGAAAUAUAGUUAUAACAAAAAUUCCAUAUACUUUCGUUCAACCUACGGGCCUACAUUCGGAGGAGGACAUGACAUUUACAUAUCAAACUCCGCGUCAUCCAAUCGCAAUUCACAUAGCGACCUUGGCUAUACUUACAGCCCACCAAGCGGGUACAGCUACCGCAGCACCUUCACCCAAUCAUUCCUGGCAGGAUCGUUAACUUUCACACCAGACGAAGUAGAAACCUUUUACGAAACAACCUAAUUAAGAUGAUUUGUGACACCGGCUUUGAUAUUUGAGCUGAGCUUAUUGUACAAGUAGACGCUUAGAGGUGAACGAAUCUACAGCACUAAGCAAGCCCCUUCUAUGUAAGUCACAACACAAUCAUAGAACGUAUACUACAACAUUUUACAAACAAACGAAAAAUAGAAUAGUCAAAAAGAGAAAUGAUUUUGAUAUCUAUAACUGGUCCAACUGCGCCGAUUACAAAUGGCUGAUAAAAGCGUGUUAUAAAGUAUCUCCUACACUGUUCACAGCACCGCGUAAGCCUUAACCCAACCCUAAUAUGUUUUCACCUGGGUACGAGUCUGGGGGCAGCUAUACUGUCAUCUGUCAGAAAUCAGUUACUUCCUUAUUAUGAAGGCAACGAAAUCUCAGCCUCCGAGUAAACAAAGUUGAAAAAAAGCAGUACAAUGAGAUUUUACUGAACCAGGCUGUCCUCACUGGCGGUUUGUAACGGGCGAAAAAUUGGCAACUUCGUUUCAAUGAGGAAAAGUGUGAAGCAAUGCGAAUAACGCAUUCUCGUGACAAAUCGACUACGAAUUAUAAACUAGGUACGGCCUUAAAAGAUGUCAAGAGCUUUAAAGAUCUUGGAAUUAUUAUAUCAAAAGAUCUUACUUGGAGUGAACAUAUUAGUACUAUGGUGAAUAAGGCGAACCAAGUCCUAGGGCUAAUAAGACGGUCUGUUGGAACAGCUAAUACAACAACUUUUUCAUUGCUUUACAAAACAUUGGUCAGACCACUUCUAGAGUAUGCUGCUCCAGUCUGGAACCCAUAUCUUGUCAAAGAUAUUCAUGCAAUAGAGAGCGUGCAAAGACGCGCGUCAAGAUUAGCUCUUAGGCAAAAAAGAGGUGAUAUGUCUUAUGAAGAGCGUUGUGACACGUUACAUUAGCCAUCUUUGUCCAGUCGUAGGACAUAUUCCUCUCUUGUUGAAUGUUAUAAGAUCGUGUUUGGCUUAUCACACUUGGAUUUUGAGGAAUUCUUUUAAUUCGCAAAAGUCAAAUCCACUAGGGCAAAUCACUCGUAUAAGCUUUAUUGUAAAUUAUCUAGAAUCAACUGUUUUAAAUAUUCUUUUUUAACAAUGUAAUUAGUCAUUGGAACAAUUUGCCUAGUAAUGUUGUUGAAGCCGGUACCCUUGAACGUUUUAAAUGUAAACUGAAAUCAUUUUUAAAGUUGUAAUUUUUAUUGUUUGUUUGUUGUUUUUAGGAGAGUUUUAUUCAUAGGGUUAACCUCUAGACUCUCCCUUUCAAAUUUAUGUAGUUAUAUAUGAGUUUGAAUAAACAUGUAUGUUAUGUUAUGUUAUUUAACUGUGGCUUGGCCUUCAUAAGUGUUAUAAUAAUGCAUAAGGAAACUUAAGAGUCUUAAGAGAUAACACUGAUCAAAGUUUGGUUUUACUCGGUCCGCGUGCCUAAUGCGAUACCACUAAAUAAAUAUUAGUAAUCAAAGAUUAAGAUUACUAAUGGCUUAAUGCGGCAACACUAUCUCAUAUACAGGAAUAGACUUUUUUGAAAAUUUAUUUUUUAUUUUUUUAUUAUUAUUAAUAUAUAGAUUUAGCCAGGGCUAAAAGCGAGGCUCCCAUUAAUAAAUUUAUAAUUUAAAUCAAACAAUAAACUUGUAUUCCACAAUUCAGUUCACUUUAGAACACAUUCUUGUGACUUUUCAGGGAAAGGCUAAGUAAUUUUACAAAAAAUAAUUUGCAAACAGCCCAAGAGUGAACCAAAUCUCACAUCGAGUUGAUAGCCUCAUAAGCACACCCAAAAACUGGCAAUCAUCUUCGAUCACAUUUAUUAAGAGCCAUAAUGGCUCUUGAUCACCGUAGAUUAAUUAGGCCUGGAAAAAAAAUUCCGGCCGAAUUUUUUGCGUUCGACAAGUUUAUUCUACAAAAUCUUGCCAACAAAUCUGGGUGCGUGUAAACCAGCCUUUCAUAUCAUUUAUACAUCACAUCUGAGGUGAAACAGUAUUAUGAGGUACUGUUUUUAUCAUACAGACCUCGGACAACAGAAUGCAGUAUUUCACAAUAUUGCGAUACAAAUUGCUAUUCAGGACGAUCGAAGCACGCGUGGGUUUUAGCCGUAAACCGUUAAAAAAAUUUUCAAAAUCAUCUAUACGGCCAGCCGGUUCUGACUUUUACAGUGCUAGCAGUGGCAGGUGUUUGAAUAAACAUUAACAGACUUACGCUCCAACAUAAUAAAGAAUUUAUUAUGUUUAUUUUUUAUUUUAAAUCGGUUUAACGCGCGGCAUUUUGAGUACUCCGGGACGCGUUGUUUACUGAACGACUGAAAACAAUCGGCACAACGAUUAAAAUUACAAGAAAGAGCACUAAGAAUCAAUAAAAGAAAUAUAAUUCGGUGAAACAUAUACAGAGACGACAAUUUUCAUUCAGGAAGACAAGUAUUAAAGUGUCUCUAACAAUCCUGAGUCUUCGAGCUUAAAGCUGAAGUUUAUGUUUUAAGCCGGCUUCCCGGUGUUUGCUUUUUUCUAAGACGAACUCGAACGUAACUCGAGGCAAGGAAAUCGCUCAAACCUUUCUUUUACAGCCAGAAUUAUAACUAAAUAUUCCUUAAAACGUUUUCUUUCCUAGUAUUUGCCGUGAGAAAAUGUCUAAAGGCUUUUUAAAGAUCUGUAAGCUUAUAACAAACCUGAUACUCGGUCAGAUCAUUGUCUCAAAUCUUACAAACGUGCGUAAACAAAAUAGCCGCAUAAACUACGCUCGACUUCAUUAAAUUAAGAAUGAAAAUUAAACAUCAAAUACAAUUAUUACUUAGGCUUACCACUCGAGAUGCAGCUCCUGAAAGGUAUCAAGUAAGGCCAGUAUCGCUUCAGACUUUGCAACCGUCUUACGCAUUAAGCGAGAUGAAAACGAAAACGAUGCCAUCCGAAAUCGGAUUUCCGACUUUGACUCAAUCAAAAACCCAAUAAACAAACUAGCCAUGAAUACCAUGAAUAACAGAAGACUCCUGAUAGCAGCUGAAUUUCAUUUUGUACAUCCAGUGGAAAAAGAAAGUUAAAAACAUCAAAAGUUGACACAAAACUCUGUCAGCUUCAGCUGUCAAAGUAAACAAGAUUCAAGAUGCUGCAUAAAUUUUCCGCAUGAACUCACCUGUCAAAUUUUGACCAAUCAGACCAUAAAAAUUGGACGUAGAGCGUGACCAACGCGUGAACAUGGCGAGAAAAGUCAAAAGCAACAGUCUUUCCUGCCUGUAGCAGCUGGCUGAAUUUUCGCGUCGGAGGUCAGUCAAAUCAACAUUUUAAUUGUGCGGCACAUAGACACAACAUAUUUCAUGUGAAUUUUUAAAAAAAUUACACUUGAGCCUGCGAUCAUUUGAAAACCAGUACCUUGUCAGCGGAUAACUUCAAAAAAACACUUGACCUCAAAGGGUCGACACCUAAGCCCACGAUACAGUCAAGUGAUGCUGGUCAGCGGAUACCUUGUUUUGACAGCUGUCAAUGGAUCACAACAUUGACGUGUAUCAGUUUUCCUGUGCUGCGAUCCCAAACUAGCUAGAAAGUAUGAGACUGAACAUUAAUCGCGAUCUAGUAAAAUAAUUAACUGGUCAGCGGACAGCUUCCAAACAAACCACGUCACCUCAAUGAGUUGACACAUGAGCCCGCGAUAUGGUCAUGAGAUACUGGUCAGUGGCUAUCCUGUUUUGACAGCUGUCAAUUGACCAUAUUGUGAAUGUCCAAUGUAAAAGAUGUGGACUUGGCAAGACACGCCUGAGACACCCCUCCCUUCCUUUUGAUAGUCUCCCCUACCCCACCCGUACAAUCUGUAGACGCGUACGUACGUACGUACGCACGUACGCUCGGUCAGUCACGUGACAACCAAAAGAAAAGAGGUUGACCAUAAUCUAUGGGUAUGGGGCUCUGUCCCACGCGCGCUUCGCGUGCGUGGGAGCCCCGCUAUUAUUAUUUUGUUAAAGCAAGAAAUGUUUUUAUUAAUGGCUUCACAACAUAACAUAAACAUUACAAUUUGAUACUGGCGUUACAACUUUACAUAAAAAGAAGCUACAUUACACUUUAUCCUGAAAAAAAAAAAAAUCAAUAGCUAUACUCGACAACAGAAAAAUUUACAGCGAUAAAUGUAAAACUUUGCCACUAGAAUAAGAUGGUUUACAAUGACAAAAUCUUCUCCUGCGUUGAAUAUGCCAAAUAAGACGUUAAAAAAACGACAAAAGUUCAAAAUUGAUAUUACAUUCAAUAAGCCAAGAACUGAGCGCUACCGAAAAGGAUCUUGUUAUUUCGCAAUUGUAAAACACAUGCUCAAGGAAUUCAAUCUCGUUUUUACAAAAGGUACAUUGUGGCGAAUCAAUCAUCUUAAUUUUAAAGAACUUUUCAUUCGUGGAAACAAUGUUGUUCAAAACCUUAUAUUCAUUCUCUAAUUUUUGUUUCUGGCGACACUUUAAGGGAGAGCGAAUAUAUUUCGUUCCAAUCAAAUUGAACAUGAGGAAAUUGAUCCUGAAACUUCUUUUGAGCAAGAGAUUUUGGCGGGACCGAAGACAGAUCGACAUCAGCGUUAUCAAUUUUAAGGUGGACCUUGUUUCUCAAUUCAGGACGAGUGUGAUGAGCUCUUUGUUCAACACGUUUUCUUCAUUUAAAGGUAUUAGCAAAGAUCGUUUGAUUUUAUCAUUUCCGCUCCAAAUAAAGUGAUAAAUCAACUUGUUGAUUUCUUUAACAUGGUCUUCAGGUACUGAGAUCAACGCUGCUUUGCUAAGAAAUCUCGGGAUAAUAAAAGACUUAACAAUCUGAAUUUUUCCUAUCAGGGUAAGGCCCCUACCUUUCCAGCAAUUUAAAGUUCCCUGGAUUGAUUUAAAGAUGGAUUCACAGUUGGCCUUCAAUCUAGCUGGGGUAUCAAAAUUAAAAUAAACUCCCAAUAUUUCGAUCAUACUACGUGAUUUGUGAGUAAGAACAUCUUGAACAAGACUGUGCAGACCAAUAGCAAAAUUCUCUGUUUUUCAUCAUUUACACGGUGGCCUGAGUAGCUGGCUAAAUUUUGUAAAGAUGUCAGAAGUUGAAAGUAUGAAUUGGUAUCUCUCAAGAAGCAGGUCAUAUCGUCGGCAAAAAGGGUCGUUUUGAUUUCUUUCCCAUUAAUUAAAAAGGCUUUUAUUAUUUUUUUUUCUUGAAUUUGACAUAAAAGCGUUUCCAACGCAAGAAUGAACAAUAAAGCAGAGAGAGGAUCACCCUGUCUUACCCCACGUUUAACAAAAAAGAUAUCAGUUGUAAAGCCAUUAUUUGGUACACAGGUUGACAAGUUCCUACAGAAAGUCCUAGUCCAUUAAAGAAAAUUCGGUCGAAAACCCAUUUUCUGUAAAACCUGAUAUAAAAAUUCGUGGUUCAGCGAAUCGAAAGCCUUUCCAAAAUCAAUUGCGAGUAGAAUGCCGGAUUCGUUCUGCAUCAUUAUUUUGCCGAUCUCAAGAACGUCAUCGAUAGUGCGUACCGCGUCUAAAAUUGACCUUCCUUUUAUGAAACCGUUUUGAUUGGCGGGAAUAAGUAAUGGCAUUACUGCUCCUAAUCGUCUUGCGAUAGCCUUGGACGCGAUUUUCACAUCCACAUUAACCAAUGAAAUUAGUCUCUAAUUUUUAAGAAAUCUUCUUUCUUUUUCCUUCUUUUCUAACAGUGUAAUCAAUGUUUGUUUUGUGAACUAGAUAACUCACCAUGCUGAUGAGAGUAAUUUAGGGCAUCUACUAGUGUUUUACGAAUAGGAUGCCAAAAGCCCAGGUGCUUGCAGUCACGUUACAAUCUCGAUCGCCUUCUAGCAGUGUAGUAAUUAAAUUUACCAGCUUUGGGUUGCUACCUCAUGUAAGCCCUACGUAUAAAAUCUAAGGCACAUCAGUAUCCUUUAUGACUGAGCUAUUAUAUAAAAUAUUUAACAAUUAUUCCUUGAGCCCAAAUGGGCUCUGAGUCAAUAGCCCAUGAAGCCGAAGGCCGAAUUGGCUAUUGACUCAGAGGCCACGAGGGCGAGAGGAAUAAUUGUUUAAGUAAAAUCCAACUUGUUGGUAAAAAAAAUAUCGAGACAAAUCAACUUUAGCUAGACUUUAAUCCUUUUUUGCCGCCAAAAAGCCGGUGCUUUCGCUACUAGUGGGCUAUAACAUAUAGCCUAGUAGUAGCUUAACCAAUCAGAACGCAGCUAAUAAAAUAUACCCUUACAGGAAAUUUCUACUGAUAAUAAAUAGAUAAAACAUCACGUUUACGGGCUAGUAUUAAUUGUUAAUGUACAGACAAGAACUAGAAUCAUGUUUGUCCUGAAAAGAGAGCUUCAUUCUCUCAACGUUAUCAAUAAUGAGGGUUAAUGGUCACGUGGUCAAACUAUUUUUCUUUCCUGUAAACGUGAUGUUUGAUUGCAGCAAUAAUUUAAGAUAUGGUAUCUGUUGGAACUUUGACCACGUUUGAGCGCAACAGGAGGAAGGUUAACAACCGACAGAGCAGCGCGGCUUACGUCAAUCUAAUGUAAGCUAAUUUACUACACUUGUUUUUAUGGGCUUAAGGAGAACGGAUCGGGUUUAACUUGCAACUUUCCCUCAAACUUGGAGUGACUGUGACAGAAAACAAGAAUUGAAUUAAAUAAAUUACUCAUGACGAAUGUUUGUUACAAAAAGAGAAACUUUAUCCUCUCCACGUUAUUAAGAAUGAAGAAUAAAGCCAAUGGUCACGUGGUCAACCUCUUACCUUUCCUGUAAACGUGAUGUUUGAUUUCUGCAAGUUUUUUAGAAUAAGGAAACUGUUAGAACUUUGACCACGUUUGAGUGCAACAAGAAAAAAAGUUACAGCUUACGUCAAUCUAAUGUAAGCCAACACUCUUGUUUUUCUGGGCUAAAUCAGAAGCGGAUCAGGUUUAUAUAACUUGCAACUUUCCCUCAAACUUCCGUCUUCGAGUGGCUGUGAAAGAAAACGAUCGUAAAACUACAAAAAUGAAAACCGUAAACUCUUCAAAAUCUCAACGAGUCCUUGAGUUUGUUCGUCAAUUAGACCAUCGUUCCUGUCGGUGGUAUUAGUUUUAGUUUGCGGAUGUCUCUGGGUGAAAAAUGAAGCAACAAACGAACGACUGAUUUCUCUGGAAUCUCGUAUUUACUGUGUUCCUUGCACUAAGCGUGGCACGAUUGAUAAUCUUGACAGGAUGACUUUCUCACCGACAAAAGAUAUCGCAAUAGACCUUUCCAAGAAGAUGCAGACACAAGUUUCAGAUGAUGGGAACGGCUAUACCUCAGGUAAAAUUUAUUCUUACUCUUCUUACUUAGAUGGCCUUAUGUACUUUAAGGAUGUUUAGACCUACUUUUAUCCUCCCUCGGUUAAGACAUAACCUUUCAUGACGUGAGUUCGCGUUAACAACACGGGAUCUUUUGCAAUUCCAAAAUAGUAUCAGAUUUUAACUUCGACUGUAUGAAACUGUUUUGUAAUGCUCCCUAGAUGUCAGUAAUUAUGCCACUGCCACUGAUAAAAAACCGAAGAGAUCUACAGCGUAAAUGAAGUUGAAUUUAUAAAUAAUGUGUCGACCUACAAGGGCAGAGCAAGAUUCCUUCACGCGCCAGAUAGUCGAUAUCAUUACUAUACAGCUUUUCAACAAGAUUGUCUUUUUAGGAUUUUUAGCUAGACGACAUUAGAUGAGAUUCCUUAAACAUUUCUUUAAGUGAGGGCUGCAUGUGCUUCUGGUUUGAGGUUAUUUGGGGUCUCGGAAUUGAAAGGUAUUACGUGACCAAUUUCAAGCAAUAAUAACCCAAUUCCUGGCGAUUCAUUUUUAGAUUUAUCUGUUUGCUUUAGAUUGAUUGUAAAUUUUCCAAUAGUAUAGACACUAUAGAUUAGUAUAGACAAAUGGCGUGUAUUAAGAUUAUUAUUCAUUCAGGGAGAUAUUUCCGUUUCUUUCAAAGGAGUUCAGUCUAAUUUGAAAAACCUUUCUUAACCCUUAUGGGAUUACAAGAUUGAAAGUAGGUGUAUACAAGAUCUCAGUUGGCUUGAAAUUCGUGCGCAGCUCUUUCGAUUCUAGUUCUUUUGUAAGUUACCUUUAUCAGAAAUGUCAGCCGUAUCGUUCUUUCGUUCCUUCUCAAUCUUGCUCAUUUUUACAAUUUAUUAAUGGGUAAUAUCAGGUAUUAUCUAAUUUUACUUUACUGCAGUCAGCCCGUUGCCAAUAAAGGCAUCAGCAACCAUCCGGGUUAGAAAGCGAAGAAACGUUUCGAACGACACUUCAAUUGGCAUCACCAUACAUGAAGUGAGAAAAGGAAUCAGGAAACAGUUUGAACAACUUAUGCCCACCAAGUACUGUAAGUCAAGUGAGAAGGUCUGUCCUGCAGGUCCCCCCGGAUAUCCUGGUCCCAUUGGAGCGAGGGGACCACGUGGCAGGAGGGGACCAAAGGGAAAGAAAGGUCCUCAAGGUCCCAUGGGACCUCCUGGAAAAUCCGGAAAAACAGGAAUAACUGGUCCUGCAGGACCGAGAGGAGAAAAGGGAGAUAGAGGAGAUCCUGGGCCAAAAGGUGUUUCGGGACCACCUGGAAAGCCUGGAAAAUCGAUAUCUGCCCCACAAGUGAUGUUGUCGCCAGCAGAGCAGACACGAGAUGAGGGAGAAGACACGGCAUUUUAUUGCACGGUCGCAGCAAGUCCUUCCCCAGUCGUGGAAUGGCAACUUAAGGGCAGAAAGCUUCUGUCAGGUGCAAAGUAUUUGAUUAAAGAAGAAGCGAAGAAGAGUUGAUCGUUAGAAAUUUGAAUUACAGCGAUGCUGGACCGUACACAUGUGCAGCCAGGAAUAUUCUUGGAUCGUCCGAGGCCAUUAGUAACUUGACUGUUAGAGGUAAGCGUAACACUGUACUUUUGUUAUAUCUGGCUGCUUGAUUAUGUAGGUCUGUUUGUGCUCUGUUGUUUAAUCGUGUACUUUUAUCUCCUCCUUCUUUUCAAUUCAUCCAUUUUUCGUAUUUCGUAGCCACUAGUCACGUUUGAAGUUCAACGUUUAACCUGAGCAAUGCAAACGUAAAGAUAUUUUAAGGUAACAGAUGACAAUCUUCACCAUGUACAGCUGUACGCGAAGGCACACAACACGAUCCUUCCAUCACUGUUCCAUUUCUUCAUUCAAAUUUGUCUUUUUCUUGAUCGUUAAUUAAACUACCUCAAUGCAUGACCUUCCUACAUGAUGAAUUCUGAGUUUGGUUCAAGUUAUUUACUUUAAUUAUUCUUGACCUUCAAUAUCCUACGCAACUGGUACAGACCUCACCUAUCUUUUUGAAUUAAUACGUUUCUUUUGCUCCCUUUUCGGCUAUGUAGUUAAACAUUGCUUAUAACAAAGUUUAUCAGUAACGCUUUUAGCGAAAUGUGGAUUUAAGAGCAUGGAGCUUGAAAGGGUUCCCAGAAAAGAAAGGAAUAUAAGCUGUUUAAUUUAUUGUGCAUCCUGUUUAUUUUUCGGCUCUAUUCCAGGUCUUCCAAUCUUCACAAAAGUUCCACCCUCAAUUGCCACACCAGUACAAGGUUCUACUUUUCAAGUAACUUGUCAAGCUGAGGGAUAUCCUCGCCCCGAAAUAAACUGGACUAGAGCAGCAAUGCCUUUACAUGCUGGAAGGACAAGUAUAAGCCAAGGCACAUUUACCAUUAACAACUUGAGUCCUGAUGACAGCGGUUUUUAUGAAUGCGUGGCUACUAAUAUUAUGGGAACAAAGAAAACAAGAUUCAACGUGGCAGUGCAAGUGCGUCGCUUAAUAGGUUUGUAUUGCAGGCACCGCAUAUAUCUAAUUCAGUCAAAGGUUGCUUUGAGAGCUAGUCAUUGGCGCAAUUGGCCCUGAGCAUUUGGGCAUACGAAACUCACUGCAAUGACUUGCUUAAGUGACCGCCAAAUAAUAGUAUAGGUUCCCGAGAGCGUAAUUGCCCAAUGCCCAAAGCAGUCCCCUUGAUUGAACAAGGUAUGAAUAGAUUGUACAUUCAGUUUAAUGCCAGUCGUCUAAUCCAUAAACCAUUGCGACCUUUGUUACACAUCUAAGAUGCAUUACAAAGAUGUAUUAUAGGUAACUGUCUAUCUAGUUAGAGUCCUCUUAACUGUCCCUUAAGAGUCAACAAUAGGCCCCCUUCUCUUUUUGAAUUACCUAAUGAUCUUCCAAACUGUUUGAAUAAUGGUUCUCCUUGAAUGUACGCGGACGACACUAACGUUACCUUUUCUGCUCCCAUGCAGCAUACCUGAUCUCGAAUUACAGAUCAAUGCUUAAAUGAAACAUAAUGAUGUCUUGGUAAAAGCUAACAAAUUAAGUCUCAAUGUCGCCAAAACAGAGUCCAUGAUUAUUAGCUCGGGGCAGAAACUACAAUCUACAAUCUUUAAAUGACUACAUGAAGAUGGCGUCCAAGUAAAACCAAACAACUCAUAGCAAAUCUAUUGGACUUACGGACGAUAAUCUCUCUUGGAAGGCCCGCCAACAUGACAUUUCAAAAAAAGCCACCUAAAACAUUGGUGCGCUUAAGCAAGUCGAGCCAUUUGUUUCUAUGCACACUGAAGUUAUGAUAUGCUAAGGUCUUAUUGAACCAUGCUUUGAUUACUGUAAAGCGGUCUGAGGUGGCUUGUGUUACCGUGGUGCUUACUUAUGGAACAAUCUUCCCGAGCAUGUACGUACGCACAGCAAAUUCUCUAGAUCAGAUGACUUUGAGGGAAAAUUCACUCUCGGUUUGCUGAUCAUGCUCCCAUACGGCAAUUAUGUAAAACAGUUAUAGAAUUUAUUCAUAUUCUAUUAUUAUACGAAUAUUUUAACCAUGUAUAAAUAAUUAAUCAUCAUCAUCAUCAUCAUCACGAUCACCACCAUCAUCAUCUUAUUCUUUACUCAUCAAAGGACGAUGGACACUUUUUCGAAAGCCUAUAUACGUAAGAACUAUACCGCUGUAUCGCACGGUGAUUAGUUCGAAUCCCAUCCAUGACUGGCUUUUUUUUUAAACAUUUAACAUCACAAAAAAAAGCAAUGAAAGCUAUAUAGUCAUUGUGCAUGAGGUGCUGACGACAUAAAUUUGCAUUUGAAGACUUGUGUGUUAACUGGAGUUUCAUGCUUAAAAUUUCUUAUUAGCAAAUCAAAUACAUGAAUCGGCACUCAAUUUCUUUAGUCACUUGCAACGUUACUCUUUUUGCUAAUUUAGCCCUGCAAAUGACAAUAGAUCGUUUUCACUGCCACGCAACAAAAAAUUAAAUUGGAAACCGUCCAGUGGAAGAAGCCAAGAAAAUGAAGUGUUAUAAAAGACUAUUAUUAUAUAAACAAUUGGUCCAAAUCUCAUGUCUUUGUGGCCCACAGUUUCUGAGUUAUUUGCCGAAACGUUUCACGUACCUUUGUAGAGCUAAAUUGUAUGGAGACGCCAUAUUGGUGCACCGUUUUGGCGCACCAAUAUGGCCGCCGGAAAUCAACAAAAACAUCUGGAGUUCACUUUUCCUAUAAAAGCUCUUUCUUUUCACUCGAGAACUAGCAUACGUACGCAUAAACACAUCUUCUAAUACUUGAAGUGGUUAUACUGCUGAAAAUCAAGAGGAGAGACUUUUCUUUAACGAGACAGUAUUCCUAUUUUGGUGUCACGCACUGUGAAAACUCGGAAGUUCAAAUUGCUGUAUUUUCGAAAUGAAACAUGAUACGGGACUUGAAACUUGUACAAAGAUUUAUCUUUUGUUUAUGUUCAACCUAGUGUAAAUAAGAAUUCGUAAAACCUCGCUAUUUUGACUUUACAAUUUGAUGACGUCACAGUGAAAACCAUCUAUAAUCCAGUUGAUAUCAAAUUUUUAAACUUUUUACUUGGCCAAAUAAUAAUUUGUUUGACAUGUUAAAGAAGGUUUUUUUACUUAGCUUUUGAAAACUCCGUCAUUGUGGGAAACAACAGAAACCACUUGACCUCCUUAAGCGACUGGCUUAAACCUGUGACAAAAAGCGUCAAUUCUCUGUGGAAACGCUGUUGGCGUGCAUCCGUGGACGGCUGGGCUGCAAGUACAUUUCACUCCCGAUGUGACGGCAAGGGCCCGACUGUGACAAUAAUAAGGGUCGGGAGAUACAUUUUUGGAGGAUACACCAGUAAAUCUUGGGGUAAGUGAACAUUGUAAAACAGCAGAUUUUGGUGCAUGGACCACCAGUACGGUUAUUUAAGCCUAUGUUCAGCUAAAAGUGCAGCUUGUUACUGCCCUAUAAAGACUCAGUUAACCCAUCCUUUCAUUAAGUAGUGGCGAAUAUAGGUUUAGGGUUGGCGGAUAUAGAUGCGGUCCCGCAUCUCUCACCCUUCAAUGGCCGACGAUCGCCCCACCUCAGUAGACUUAAAAAGGUCUGAAUGAACCCCAAUCCCCCCGUCCCCUCUUCUGAAAAAACUGACCCAAUAAUAAUAAUGAUGAAGAUAUUAAUAAUAAUUGUUAGUAUAAUAAACAAUAAAAUAACAAAGGCUUCAUUACUCUCGUAAGAGUAUUAUGACCAAUGCGGCAGAUUAAAGAAUGCUUUCGGAAGUGGUGCUUUCUUUAGUCACACAAAACAAUCUAAUCUAAUUCUUUUUUUUUUUCUCAUCAAUUGCUUUCAUAACUGCAAAUCUCUGCUAACUGACACUUCUCGUAGUCAAACACCUCACUUUACCUCCGAUUAGCAGACGCAAGUAUAUCAGUAUAGCAUGAACAUAAGUGAGGACGGCUUAAACCAAAUCAAAAGCAUAAAUACAAGAAUAUCAAAACCUCUAAUUUUUCUUAUACUUAUGCUUCUUAUGAUAGUAUAUAAUUAUUAAUCAUUUCGUGCUGUGUAUGCUUAUUUUUAUGUUAAGUUAUGCUCACGAUGAUACGUAUGCUUGCGCUUGCGUCGCUCUUGAUCCCUGUAGCCACAUAAAAAGACGAAUCUUAAUCUCCCUUUAGUGGAAAUUUCUUCUAAGCUGCAGAACUGACUGGUUCAAAAAGUGACCGCUUACGGUAGAUUCUAUUAUAAUUAUAUUAAUGGUAAAAAUAAUAAAGAAAUUCAUUAAAAGAAAGAAAAGAUUGAGCAGAAUUGAUUUAGCUCUUGAUAAACCGCGUGUAUUGCAUUACAGUGCAUGUGAUUGUCAUUUAUUAUUAUGAUUAUGAUUAUGAUUAUGAUUAAUUGUUUUUUUAUAACUCUUUGUGAUUUCUUGGAAUUUUGAAUUGCGAAGGUGUUUUGCCGGAAUUUUGUAUUGAUAUUGACGUUUUGCUUUUAAUAUUAAUAUUUACUGAUUGAAGUUUUGUGUGCAGCUUUUUAUUAAGAUAUUAUUAUAGGUACUAGGACAAUGUUACUAACUUAUUUUCAAUAUCUUUUUUUCUUUGCCUCUUCUAGGAGCAUCUGGGUAUCAGUACGACUCCAAAGCCUUUUUGUUUUCACUGGUGAACAGACCAGGAUGGGCGCCUGUUAAACUGUCUCAGACAGGGAAGUAUAGUUAUAGAAAGUCAUAUUCCAUUUACAGGUACUCAUCAUAUGGGCCUACAUUCGGAGGAGGACACGACAUUAACAUAAAAAGCGACGCAUCAUCCAAUAACAAUUCUUAUAGCGACCUUGGCAAUGAGUACAGUCCACCGAGCGGAUACAGCUACGGCAGCACCUUUGCACGAACAUUCCUGGCAGGAACUUACAAGUUCACACCAGACGAAGUUGAAACCUUUUACGAAACAACCUAAGUAUAGUAUGACUGACAUCAGCCCUGAUAUUUUAUUCUCUCAAUAAAAGUAUUACUUUUUAACAGUAACCGCUUUAAGCUCUGCAGUAAAAUUUCACACUUGGCUGCUAUCUUAAACGACCGGAGGUUAGGAAAUAUUACUUAAGGUAAAAUAGCCUAAUAAUUUAUUUUUAAUAUUAUUAUUAAUUCUUAUAGCAAGCAUUCCUGGCAGGAACUUACAAGUUUACACCAGACGAAGUUGAAACCUUUUACGAAACAACCUAGCUAAAUGAAAUGAAUUGCAUCGGCUCUGAUAUUUGAGCUGAGAUGGUUGUCUUUUUGCUAAAACGGUACUACGUACUUAGUUCGGUGAAGUAUAUGAAAUAAUUCAUUUUUGAACUGCGGUUGUAGAUGAGAGUGAAGAAUGAUCAUCGCAGUAAAUUUUCCAAUUCAAGCAAUUGGAAAGAAGAAGCCCUGAUUUUUUUUUUCAGGCUUCUUCUUUCCAAUUGGUUAAAUUGGAAAAUUUACUGCGAUGAUCAUUCUUCACUCUCGUACUUAGUUCUAGAAAACUUUCACGCUUGGCUGCUUGCUGAAGCGAGGUCAGGAAAAGAAGCCCAAUAAUAUAUUAUGAAUAUAAAGUAAGAUAAAUUUGUUAUCAGGUAUAUGACAGUGCUCUAUAAGUCCAUUAAUCCUGUGUAUUUAGCAUGGAAAGAGAUGAUUUAAAAUUAAAAUGAUAUUAUCAUGAGGCGCGUCUUUUCAGAAAAUAUUAAUUUAAGCCCCUCUCAAAUACCUGAAUAUUAACUUUUCCUACCCUUUGAUAUAAUUCUAUUCGUUAAUUCCCUACCCUUUGAUAUAGCUGAAGCCUGAGCUGGAAAGGUGUCACUUUCAGCCGGAGCCUCCCUGUAGCAGCCAUUAUAUUUCAUAUAGGGAGUAACACCCUCUCCCCUCCCUCCCCUCCCUUCCCACGACAACAAGUGAAAACCUUUUUUUAAUUAACCCAUUCGCCCCUGAAUCGCCUGUAACCGCCCGUGCGGAUCCACGUCCUUUCUACCCUUUGUGACGUCAUCAGUUUUAACGGUCAAGGACAACUUUGUUCGCUAACUUGUGCAGAGUGAAGAGAUCUUUUAAACCAUACCAGAAUGAGCACAAUUCAGUCAAGGACACCGGAGAAAGAAGCAAAAAACCAUGUGACAUUGACCUGAAAAUCUCCAUGAAAAUCUUGUUCCAUUGCUCACCUACCUUUCCUUUCACCUAAUCCUAAGAUCCUAAUGAGGCGAGAAAAGCGAAAAAAGAGGGGAGGAGAAAGCGAAAAUUAAACGUCUCGAAAUUUUGCAUUCUGCGCAUGCCCGAACUUCGCAAGCUGAUAUUUUGCAUCUGGAUCAGAAGGCCACGAAGUGUACGAUCUGUAAACCGGUUUGUGGUAAGUUUUAGCUCUUUAUAGCACGACAGUGACCAGAAAACCACUCGACUAGCUUCAAAACGCGUUUGUCGGCAAAAUCUCCAGGAGCGAAUGGGUUAAAACCAAUGGUUAACAGCUGCAAAAAUGAAAUCGUUGAACUCCUCAGAAUCUCGUCGACUCCUUGAUUUUGGUCCGUCACUUAAACCAUCAUUCCUUUCCGUGGUAUUAGUUUUCGUUUGCGGAUGUCUCUGGGUGAAGAAUGAUAAAACAAACGAACGACUGAUAGCGCUGGAAUCUCGCAUCAACCUUUUCCCCUGCGUUCAGAGAGUCUCGACUGAAAAUACUGACAGGAUAUCUCUUUUACCGACAAAAGGCACAGCAAGAGAUCAUUACAAGAAGGUUCAGACCAACAUUUCAAAAAGGAUUGGUUAUACUCCAGGUAAAAUCAUCGCUUUAGAUGUUAUUUAGAAGCAGGUAGAUGUUUAGAACUGAGUUUAUCCUCUUUUGAUUUUUAUAGGCAUAUAAUCUUUCAUGGUGUGAGUUCGCUAUGAUACGGAAUCUUUGGAUAUUUCAUAACAAUUGAAUUUUUAAUUUCAACUAACACUGUAUGAAUAACCCUUUUGUUAUAUUCUCCUUCUUUUAAUUUGCAAUACUGCCUAGAUAUUCACUAAGCCACCUAUACUGGUAAAACAAUAAAGAAAUUUACGGUGUAAAUGAUGUUGAAUUCAUAGCUUAAGAGUCGAACGACUUGCUCGCGUACAAGAUAUGUGGUCAAUACCCAGGGGCGCACUCCGUUAUAUAAGCCAUUAAUAGGUGUGUGCUGCCACAAAGAGUAUGGUUUUUGGGCCUUUUUGGUCUGAAAACGGGUAUAAACUUUGCCCAUUUUGGUCUGGAAUUGGGUUUGGUUUUCGAGGAAACUACGGGAGCGUAUACAUGAACGUAAUUGUCGUUUUAAUUGCAAAUGAAUAAGAACGAAAUAGAAAUAUGUGAAUUCGAAAUGCAUUUAAAGAAUUUUUUUGUUUGAGCUCUAAUCUAAGUAAUGAUGGCAAAAUUUCUGGCUAAAGGCCAUGUCUGAAAACGGGUAUGAAUUUUAGUGGUCUGGUCUGAAAACGAGUGAGGAAAAUUAGUCUGAAAUAGCACUGUCUGAAUAACAUUGUUAGGGUGGCGUAAAAUUUGUCUGAGAUAAUUUUUUAAAUGCCUCUAGAGGAGUUCGGUUAAAGAGUCUUGCCGCCGUACUUAAUAGAACCUUUGGUAACUUCGAUAGGGUGGUAAGAUUGAAAGUGCGUUUCAAACGGUCUCAGUUGGUUUGAAAUGUGUUCGUACGUAGAUCUAGAAAUCUAGAAUGUCACCUGGCUUUCCCUUAGGAAGCAGCAAUGGAAGAGGCGUGAGGACAAAUUAAGAAGUUGGUUGCAAUGUUUUAACCUUGUUGUUGAACGCAACCUCAAAAACGACUAACUUGUUAGAAAUGUCAACCUUAUCAUUCAUUCCGUUGAUUCGUUCGUUGUCUCGCCCUUAUACAUUUUCAGUAUUAAUCAUUGGAUAUUAAAACAAAUCUAAAUCUUACUUUACUGCAGUCAGCCCUUUAUCAAUAGAGGCAUCAGCAACCAUCCGGUAAAGAAAGCGAAGAAACGUUUUGAACGACACAUCAACCGGCAUCACCAUACACGAAAACAAAUCAGCGAACAGUUUGAACAAAUUAUGCCCACCAAGUACUGUAAGUCAAGUGAGAAAGUCUGUCCUGCAGGUCCCCCCGGAUAUCCUGGUCCCACUGGAGCGAGGGGACCACGUGGUAGGAGGGGACCAAAGGGAAAGAAAGGUCCUCAAGGUCCCAUGGGACCACCUGGAAAAUCCGGAAAAACAGGACUAACUGGUCCCGCAGGACCGAGAGGAGAAAGGGGAAAUAAAGGAGAGCCUGCGCCAAAAGGCAUGCCGGGACCACCUGGAAGGCCUGGGAAAUCGAUAUCUGCUCCACAAGUGAUGUUGUCGCCGGCAGAGCAGACACGAGAUGAGGGAGGAAAUAUGACAUUUUAUUGCACGGUCGCAGGAAAUCCUUCCCAGUCGUGGAAUGGCAAUUUAAGGGCACAAAACUUCUGUCAGGUGCUAAGUAUUUGAUUAUAGAAGGAGAGUUGAUCGUUAGAAAUCUCAAUUACAGCGAUGCUGGACCGUACACAUGUGCUGCCAGAAACAUUCUUAUGGAUCUUCCGAGGCCACAAGCAACUUCACUGUUAGAGGUAAGCGGAACACUGUAUUUUUGUUAUAUCUGGCUGCUUGAUUAUGUAGGUCUGUUUAUGCUCUUUUGUUUAAUCGUGUAUUUUUAUCUCUUCCUUCAUUUUAAUUCAUCAAUAUUUCAAGAUAAUAACAGAUGACAAUCUUCACCAUGUACCCGAAGGCACACAACACGAUUCUUCCAUCAGGGGCACCCAACGACUGUUUUCUGUAAAAUAUCUGUUCGGAGAAGCUAGUAAUGCCUAGAAUUUUCUGUUGUUUGAAUACGGCUAAAAAAUUCUAGAUGAGCGUCCCAUUGAGGUACAAUUUUCGAAGCCUAUCUAAAAAAUUCCCUAAGAUUUUCUAAUUUUUAUUUUUUUUCAUAUUUUACUCCUUAUAUAUGUUAGGCUAACUUUCGUAGAAAAAGGAAACUUAAACUUUUCGGAUUCAAAAAUGUAAUGGAGAGAGAAAUAAGAAAAACUCUCACUUCGUAAAAAGUGCAAUUGCAUCCUGAAAAUUUCGGGAAAAUAAACGUUGAAUUAGCCCUGGUAAUUUCGAAAAGCCAUUAGUUCCCCUAGGAUGACCGAACAGACACAAAUUUUAUAGCGCAAUUUUGAAUGCAUUUCUAGAGAUCUAAAAGUCCUGGAUAGCCUAAUAAGACUUUUCUGUGCAUUUUGGAGGAAACCAUCGUUGGGUGCCCCUGUCCCAUUCCUUCCAAUUUGUUUUUUUUCUUGAACGUUAAUUAAACUACCUCAAUGCAUGACCUUUCUAUAUGAUGAAUUCUGAGUUUGCUUCAAGGCGUUUGCUUUAAUUAGUCUUGACUUUCAAUAUCCUACACAACUCUUACCGAUCUCUCACCUAUCUUUAUGAAUUAAUAUAAUACGUUUCUUUUUCUCCCUUUUCGGCUUUAACAAUGUUUGUCAGUAACACUUUUUAGCACGGAGCUUGAAAGGGUUCUCAGAAAAGAAAGGAAUAUAAGCUGUUUAAUUUUAAUUAUUGUGCAUCCUGUUUAUUUUCGGCUCUAUUUCAGGUCUUCCAAUCUUCACAAAAGUUCCACCCUCAAUUGCCACACCAGUACAAGGUUCGACGUUUCAAGUAACCUGUCAAGCUGAAUGAUAUCCUCACCCCGAAAUAAACUGGACUAGAGCAGCAAUGCCUUUCAUGCUGGAAGGACCAGUAUAAACCAAAGCACAUUUACCAUUAACAACUUGAGUCCUGAUGACAGCGGUUUUUAUGAAUGCGUGGCUACUAAUAUUAUGGGAACAAAGAAGACAAGAAUCAACGUGGCAGUGCAAGUGCGUCGCUUAGGUUUGUAUUGCAGGCACCGCAUAUAUCUAAUUCAGUCAAAGGUUGCUUUGAGAGUUGGUCAUUGGCCCAAUUGGCCCUGAGCUUUUGGGCAUACGAAACUCACUGCAAUGACUUGCUUAAAUGACCGCCAAAUAAUAGUAUAGCUUCCCGAGAGCGUAAUUGCCCAAUGCCCAAAGCAAUCCCCUUGAUUGAACAAGGUAUGAAUAGAUUAAACAUUCAGUUUAAUGUCAGUCGUCUAAUCCAUAAACCAUUGCGACCUUUGUUAAACAUCUAAGAUGCAUUGCAAAGGUGUAUCAUAAGUAACUGUCUGUCUAGUUAGAGUCCUCUUCACUGUACCUUAAGAGUUAAUAAUAGGCCCCCUUCACUUUUUUAUCUACAUAAUGAUCCUCCAAACUGUCUGAAUGCUGGUUCUACAUUUUCUGCACCUAGCAUACCUGAUCUCGAAUUACAGAUCAAUACUGAAUUGAAGCAUAUUGAUCUCUGGCUUAAAGCUAACAAUUUAAGUCUCAAUGUCGCCAAAACAGAGCCUAUGAUUAUUAGCUCGGGGCAGAAACUACAAUCUUUAAAUGACUACACGAUAAAAAUUUAUAAGGAUGGCGUCCAACUAAACGAAACAACUCGUAGCAAAUUUAUUGGGCUUACGGACGAUAAUCUCUCUUGGAAGGCCCACCAACAUGACAUUUCAAAAAAGCCCCCUGAAACAUUGGUGCGCUUAAGCGAGUCGAGCCAUUUGUUUCUAUGUUAACUGGAGUUUCAUACUUAAAAUUCCUUAUUAGCAAAUCAAAUACAUGAAUCGGCACUCUUUCUUUAGUCACUUGCAAUGUUACUCAAUUUGCUAAUUCAGCCCUGCACAAUAAUCCAGUUGAUGUCAAAUUUUAAAACUUUUUACUUGGCCAAAUAAUAUUUUGUUUGACAUGUUAAAGAAAGUUUUUUUGACUUAGCUUUUGAAAACUCCGUCAUUGUGGGAAACAACAGAAACCACUUGACCUCCUUAAGCAACUGGCUUAAAUCUGUGACAAAAAGCGUGAAUUCUUUCUGGAAGCGCUGUUGGGGUGCAUCCGUGGACGGCUGGGCUGCAAGUACAUUUCACUCCCGAUGUGAUGGCAAGGGCCCGACUGUGACAAUAAUAAGGGUUGGGAGAUACAUUUUUGGAGGAUACACUAGUAUUUCAUGGGGUAAGUGAACAUUGUAAACCAGACGAUUGUGCCGUUAUUUAAGCAUAUGUUCAGUUAAAAGUGCAGCUUAGUACUAAGAUGGCCGCGGAUAAAGGUUUAUAGGGUUGGCGAAUCUAGAUGCGGGUACACAUCCCUGGCCCUUCAAGGACCAAGGAUCGCCCUAUCUCAGUAGACUUAAUAAGGUGUGAGGCAGCAUGGCCGAGUGGUCAGUGCGUAGGACUCGCAAUCCGGCAGUUCCGGGUUCGAGUCUCCCUCUGGCCACUUGCUGGAUUUGUUCUCGGUCGUCCCGAGUUCAAAUCAACGGCCACGCUUGUAAAAUAGCCCACUGGUUGCCUCCUGUCAGUUGGGGUUUUAAAUCCUGUUAUGUUGUGUCUGAAUUAUUUGUUUUUGAAGUAUUUACUGAUUGUAAAUCGCUUUGAAUCACUAAGAGAAAGGCGCUAUGUAUAUGUAUAUGAUUAUUAUAAUAUUAUAUUGUUAUUAUAACUAGUCUGAAUGAGCCACAAUCCCUCUCCCCCCUCGCCCCACCUCAAGAUCUCGAUCAGGAAAGUGAUGAAUUUCUAGCUUGCAAAAACGGACCCCAUAGUAAUAAUGAAAAUAAUAAUAAUAAUAAUAAUAAUAAUAAUAAUAAUGAUAUUAAUAAUAACAGUUGUUUACAUUUGCUCUGUUGAAAACCACCAUGCAGACCACCAAGAAGUCUUUUUUAGCUAUAGUUAUACUAAAUUUGUAUUUAAUUUUCAUUUUGAGAAGAGUUUAAUAAAGUAUGUUUUUUUGGUUUAAAAAAUUGAAAAAAAAAAUAUUGUACUGUUCGAAUAUGUUUGCGCUUGAAAUUAGUUUCUUUGAUUUUAUAAUUGAAAUGUUUUUAAUUGAAAUGAAUUUUUUUAUCGAAAUGAAUUUUUUAAUCAAAACAAAGUGUUUUUUUGAUCGAAAUGAAUUGUGAAUAGUGCUUAAAAAUAAUAAUAAUAAUAAUAAUAAUAAUAAUAAUAAUUGUUGUUGUUAUUGUGAUAAAUAAUAAUAGAACAAAGUAUACAUUACUGUCGUAAGAGUAAUAUGACUAAUGGCACCACAUAAAAGAAAGCUUUGGGAGAUGGUGAGAAAAACAAAACGUAAGUUUAAAGAUUUGAUUUAGUUAAGUCACACAAAACAAUCUAAUUCUUGUUCUUUUUUUCUCAUUAACUGCAAUUUAUGAUAAUUGCAAAUCUCUGCUAAUUGACACUUCUUGUCCGCAGACACCUCACCUCAGCUCCGAUAAGCGGACAGUCCCUUAAGCCUGGUUCUCCCCAGCGUCUUCCUUAGUAUUUCAUUGAAUAAUAGCCGGGGUCGAUUACUAAUUAUUUUCGUCAAAAAGGGGGCGAUUAUUUCAAUCACUGCUCACUGUCGGAAAGUCGUGCCCCAAAUAUUUUGUGUUAUAUUGAUUCCCAUUAAAUCAACAAGAGAUCAAGUAAACCAGGGCAUUUUUAGUGCUUUAAUUAUGCCUCCUUGAUUACUUUUCAAUGUCAAUAUCCUCGGCGUAAGAGCUUCAAUCGUCACUCUGAUACGUUUUACCGCAUCAAACUCCACUUCAACUUGGAGGGCACGUGAUAAAAGAAAGAGAAGAUGGCGGAAACGGUGUGUGUGUGGGAGGCGAUUAAUCGUUGGGCUGCUAUUAUUCGAGGAAAUACGGUAUAUACAAGCACAAGCUAGAUUGAGCAUAAGGACCUAGCGAAGAUAUCUUUAACUAAAUGAAAAGCAUAAAUACAAAAAUAUCAAAACCUUGAGUUUUUCUUAUACUUAUGCUUCUUACGGUAGUGCAUAAGCGUUUCGUUAUGCUCAUGCUUAUACGUCUGCUUGCGCCAAUGUCGCUUGUGAAAACCGGGCCUUAGUCUUGAUCCCUGCAGAAACAUAAAAACACGGAUCUCAAUCUCCCGUUAGUGUAAAUCUCUCUUCGGCUGAAAAACUGACUGGUUCAAAGAGUGACCGCUUACGGUAGAUUCUAUUAUAAUUACAGCAAUACUAGAAAUGAUAAAGAAAUUCAUGAAAAAGAAACCAGAAAAGAUUGAAUUGAUUUAGCUCUUGAUAAAACAUGAUGUGCAAUACUUAUGUAAACCAAGCAACUCGAAUUUGCCUCAUUAAAAGAAAAGCUAGUAAUUAUUAUUAUUAUUAUUAUUAUUAUUAUUAUUAUGCUACUAUUAUUAUAUUAUUAAUGACAUUAUCAUAGGAACUAGGACAGUAUUACUAACUUAUUUUCAAUAUCUUUUUACUUUCUCUCUUCUAGCAUCAUCAGCUGGCAGCCAUCAAUACGACUCCAAGGCCUUUUUAUUUUCACUGGUGAACAAACCAGGAUGGGCGCCUGUUAAACUGUCUCAGACAGGGCAGAAUAGUUAUAGAAAGUUAUAUUCCAUAAAUAGUUACUCAUCAUAUGGGCCUACAUUCGGAGGAGGUCACGACAUUAACAUAAGAAGCGACGCAUCAUCCAAUAGCAAUAAUUAUAGCAACCUUGGCCAUACCUACAGCCCACCGAGCGGGUACAUCGUGUACAGCACCUUCGCACGAACUUUCCUGGCAGGAACUUACAAGUUCACACCAGCCGAAGUUGAAACCUUUUACGAAACAACCUACAAUACUCGUCACAAAUCGUUGAAACAGGAGCCAUUUGUCUUGAAUUUUCUCCAAAUUUCUUACAUUCACUCCUGACACCUUCGUUCUCACUUACACUUGCCCCUCUCCUUCCGCAAUGUUGAGCCAGGCGUAUUUUGAAGCAGUGAGACGACUGUAAUACCCAAAUCAACAUUGGGGAAGGGGAAAAUCACACAAGUGUUUCAAGAUUUGUGACGAGUAUUGUAGCUAAAUAAAAUGAACGACAUCGGCUGUGAUAUUUGGGCUGAGAUGGUUCUCUUUUACUAAAAGUACUACGUACUUAGUUCUAGUAGACGUUCACACUUGACUGCUUGCUGAAACGAGGUCAGGAAAAGAAGCCCAAUCAUCACUUUUGAAAUGUAUUUAGAAAACAUAUUUUGAAAAAUACCUUCGAAAAUGUAUUUAGAUCACUUUUGAAAAUGUAUCUUGAAUGGCAUACGAAACGUCAACUUAAAAAAAAAUCCGAAAGCUCACAAUACUUAUCACCGCUGUUUAACCUGAGCUUUGUUUUUGAUCAAACUUAACGAUGACCCAGGAACAAAAGUCUCUAUUAAGCCCAAUAAUAUAUUAUUAUUGUUAUUAAGUCACUAAUUUUCAUUGUUAAAAACCUCUAUUAAGCGGACACCGGCUGAACUGACAAUAGUGUUGUAAUGAAUUUCGUCCUUGAAAUACGUACUGUAGUCGAUUAAUAAAGAUAAAUCAAUACAUUAUUUAGCUGUCAAAAUUUCACCUAAAAGUCUUGCACAAAGUACAGCACAGCUUCCUUAGCUUCCUUAGCUUCCUCAACAACAUGGAACAGGGGCACCAAACGAGAAUUUAGUUCAAAACCGCUAAAACGUAGCAUUGUUAAACAUAUUUUGGUAUUUAAACGGUAGAUAUAGGCAUAUUUUUAUCCCGUAAAAAUUUUUCAUCUGUUCGGAUUUCCUAGCUGAAAGUCUAGUGAUCCGAAAAUUAUAGGGAUCAAAACUUACCUUUUCGAAAAUUUCAGCCAGAAAAAAGGCUCCCGAAAAUUCUAGGUGACCUUUUUAGGGUAAAAAUUCGUUAAAAAUAAGGAAUUAUACCAUAUUUUAGAUGUUCGAAAGUCCUAGGAGAAGCAGGUAAGCAAGAAAUUUUACAACAAAUGUUCCGAAAAUUCUAGAUCUCAAAUCGUCUUCAGAACAGAUAUUUUUUCCGAAAAUUGUCGUUGGGUGCCUCUGAUGGAACUUUAUCACAGUACGGCCGGAGUAACCGUUGAAUGUUAAUCGUUAACUAACAUUGCGCAAUUUUUACAAACCUUUAUUUAUUGAGCGAACACCCUCUAUUAAGCGGACAUAUGGGAAGGUCGCGAAGGUGUCCGCUUAAUAGAGGUUUCACUGUAUCAAGUUUCCUGUAGUGACUUUUAUGAUUUUUGGUGAAAAACCACGUCAGUCCGAUAUAAAAAGGAGUAAUGAAGUAUUUCGUGACGAAAAACCCGUCAUAGCACCAUAUACCCUAUUAGUCAAAUAAACUACAAUUUUGGUUUUAUGCAAUGUUCUCUUUGCUCCUGUGCCAAUACAUCCAUUGUUCUCGCCUUUUAAAUACCCCUAAAGUUUUACCAUGUAUGCUGGUCAUGUGGCGGGGAACUUGAAUUUUUGAAUUAGCUCUAACUUUAAGCCUUUUUAUCUGACUGAAAUGUAGUUUUCACCAAAAAUCAUCGAAUUACCUACAGAAACUUGAUUUAAAGUUUUCAACAUUGCUUUCCUAAAUUUUACUUCAUGCUAAAUUCAGACGUCAUUUAUGACUUCACUAUUAAUAGCAAUCAAAUGGAAUGAAAUUAUAACUAAUGAACACUUACUGCACGUAAUUCAUCCAACUACUUCCUGCCAAGCUUCGAUAAAAUCGUUGCAUUAAUUCUAUACGUCUGUCCGUGGCCUAAAAAACUCAGUUUUGAAAGUUGCGGGAGGAAAAGCCAUGGCAACCGACAUUCGUGUUAAUCUCCUUUCAAAUACCUGAAUGACAGGUUUUCCUACCCUUUCAAAUAAUUCUAUUCAUGAAUUCCCUCCCCUUUGCUUAAGCUGAAGCCUGAGAAAGGUUAUUAAGGACCUUAAGCAACGAUGACGACGACGGCAGUGAAAACGUCGCUAAAAAAAUGAAUUUGCGUUCUUUCAAACUUUAUCGCGUCUAUUUGGACCCGCUCAAUAUGUCAAAUGCAGGAGACUUUUCGUGGUGUUAAAUUCGUUAAGAAUUUAUUCAAGUUCAAAAAGAGGAAGGAAAAUUCGUCGUCGUAUCUCCACGUCCUCCAUAAAACGUCAAAUUAGGAGGUUUCACUUUGUAGUGGUGCAGUAAACAUCAAAGAAAUGUACUAAAAAGCGUGAUGCACGUCAGAGCUGUUGUUUUGAUCAUUAAACCUAUUGUUUUUUUUUUUUAAGUUGUCGUGGUCGACGUCGUAGUUCCUUAAGCUCCCUAUUAACUAACUGUCCGUGCCGUGCCUUGUGACACUGCUUAUAAAGUCUUGUUAUCGUUACGCCAAUCGUGAUGACAUGUUUCUCUAAGAGAAUUUUUUAAGGAUCAAGUUUUACUGGCAAGUUUCCCACGUUCCUCCCUCUUCAUAUGCAUGGGACGAUUGGCAAGCUGCAGAAAUGAAAUCCUCGAACUCCUCAGAAUCUCGUCGACUCCUUGAUUUUGUUCCGUCACUUAGACCAUCGUUCCUUUCUGUUUUAUUAGUUUUUGUCUGCGGAUGUCUCUGGGUGAAGAAUGAAACAACAAAUGAACGAUUGAUCGCGCUGGAAUCUCGCGUUAACCUUUUCCCCUGCGUUCAGAGUGUCUCGGCUGAAAAUACUGACAGGAUGUCUCUUUUAUCGACAAAAGGCACAGCAAGAGAUCUUUAUAAGAAAGUUCAGACACAUAUUUCAGAAAGGAUUGGUUAUACUCAAGGUAAAAUCAUCAUUUCAGAUGUUUUUUAGAUGCAAAUAGAUAUUUAGAACUGAGUUUAUCCUCUUUUGAUUUAGGCAUAUAAUCUUUCACACAGUUCAACACAGGUAGCCCAAGCUCACUAUGAGAGCCCUGAACAACAUUAUCCUACUUAGCUAAUUAAUUAUUCAUACAGCAAGAAAAUUAUAAGACGUUGUAUGGAGAAAUAUUCUUUGCUCACUAAAUUAGCAAAAUGUACAUUGAAUAUCGCUUUGAAGCUUACCUUUAGCGUCUUCUUGUUUUUCUUUGUAUUCUGACUGCAUUUCAGACCUCCUAGGCACUGUUUAAGGCCUUUUUUUGAGCGACAGUUUUUCACCCAGAUGACAGUACGUCUCUACUGUCAUCUGGGUGAAAAACUGUCGCUCAAAAAAAGGCCUUAAACAGUGCCUAGGAGGUCUGAAAUGCAGUCAGAAUACAAAGAAAAACAAGAAGACGCUAAAGGUAAGCUUCAAAGCGAUAUUCAAUGUACAUUUUGCUAAUUUAGUGAGCAAAGAAUAUUUCUCCAUACAACGUCUUAUAAUUUUCUUGCUGUAUGAAUAAUUAAUUAGCUAAGUAGGAUAAUGUUGUUCAGGGCUCUCAUAGUGAGCUUGGGCUACCUGUGAGUUCAAGUGUACGGGAUCUUUGGAUAUUUCAUGACAGAAUUGAAUUUUUACUUCAACUAAAACUGUAUGAACCCUUUUGAAAUACUCUCACUCUUUUGUAAUACUGCUUAGAUAUUCACUUAGCCACCUAUACUGGUAAAACAGUAACGAAAUUUACGGUGUAAAUGAUGUUGAAUCAUGGCUUAAGUGGCGAACGACUUGCUCACGUACAAGAUAUGUGGUCGAUACGACCAUAAAGCUUCAUUAAACAAAAAAUUAUCGCUUAUAUAUUCGACCAUUUAGGAUGGUAGAGGAAGCUCCCUAAGCAUUUAGUGUGUGCGUCCAGAGUGUGCAUAACAGUUUUCCGCAACUGAGCUUGUUUAAGUCGUUUAAGGUUGAGCACGGAUGGCGUUACAAUUUUGGCAAUAAGUGCACAGCAUUUUUUUUCUGCGUUUAUCUGUUUGUUGUAGAGCUUAUUUCUUCAAGGAAAAGAAAAUUUUUUAGCUCUAUGUGAUUAAAGUUGUUACGGUAGCGUAAAGUUUGAGAAUUUUUUUCUUAAACGGCUUUAGAGGAGUUCGGUUAAGGACUCUUAGGGAUAGCCGAUAGGGUGGCAAGAUGAAAUGUGCGUUUAUUGAACGGUCUCAGUUGGUUUGAGCCCCGGGAGGGGAGGGGGGGGGGGUACUCCCUAUGAUGGUCUAGACGGAGCAGCUUCGUUUCCCCAAAAGGAGUAUCUUUUUCAGGCUUUAGCUAUAUGAAAGGGUAGGGAUUUCAUGUGUGGAAGUAUAUAAAAGUGAGGGAAAUCUGUCAUUUGGUCUGUGAAAGGGCCCAAAGGAGCUAAAAGAUGAAUUUUUGGCUUUAUAAAGUCGAAAAACGUUCUAUUUUUCUGAUUGAUUCCUAUUUAAAAGACAGUGCAUUUACAGCAGUUAAAAGAGAUGCAAAGUUUUAAACAAGGUUUGUGAAAGGCGUGCCAUUUCUCAAUGGAAGGUAGUAUACGAAAGGGGUACCUUUUUCAAGGCAAAAAGAGGUAUAGGGGUUGAACCUCGAGGUGGAGCCUACCCGUAUAAACAUUUGUUGAGUACCCCCCUCUCCGGGGGUUUGAAAUCUGUGCGUUUGUCAAGAAUGAGCUUGGCUUUCCCUUGGAAGCAGGAAGGGAAGAAUACUGGGGACAAAUUAAAAAGUUACAGGUUCCAAUGUGUUAAUAACCUUUUUGUGGCCGGACGCAAUCUCUGAAACGCUUAAUUUUGUGUUAGAAAUGUCAACCUUAUUGUCCAUUUGUUUUCUCCCUUAUUUAUUUUUGAUAUUACUGAAUUAGUAUGGAGAUUUAAAAAUUUCUUAAUUUUACUUAACUGCAGCCAGCCCGUCGCCAAAAAAGGCAUCAGCAACCAUCCGGCUAAGAAGACGAAGACGUCUUUUAAAUGACUCUUCAACUAGUGUCACCAUAAAUGACGUGCGAAAAGAAAUCACAAAACAGUUUGAACAACUUAUGCCCACCAAGUACUGUAAGUCAAGUGAGAAAGUAUGUCCUGCAGGUCUCCCCGGAUAUCCUGGUCCCAUUGGAGCAAGGGGACCACGUGGCAGGAGGGGACCAAAAGGAAAGAAAGGUCCUCAAGGUCCCAUAGGACCUCGUGGAAAAUCCGGAAAAACAAGAAUGACGGGUCCUGCAGGACCGAAAGGAGAAAAGGGAGAUAAAGGAGAACCUGGGCCAAAAGGCAUGCCGGGACCACCUGGAAGGCCUGGGAAAUCGAUAUCUGCUCCACAAGUGACGUUAUCGCCAGCAGAGCAGACACGAGAUGAGGGAGGAAAUACGGCAUUUUAUUGCACGAUUGCAGGAAGCCCUUCCCCAAUCGUGGAAUGGCAAUUUAAGGGCACAAAGCUUCUGUCAGGUGCAAAGUAUCUGAUUAAAGAAGGAGAGUUGAUAGUUAGAAAUCUGAAUUACAGCGAUGCUGGACCGUACACAUGUGCUGCCGGGAACAUUCUUGGAUCGUUUGAGGCCACUAGCAACUUGACUGUUCGAGGUAAGAGGAACAUUUAACUUUGGGUGUUGUUAUAUCUGGCUGCUUGAUUUUGUAGUCUUCUUUGUGCUCCAAAAAUGCGAGAAUAAGAGGCCAGGUUUGAAUAUAAAAAUGGCACCGUUCUUUACUCAUUUACUUUUAUCUCUUCUUUCAUUUUUUUCUUAUUUCUUAUUCAAGACUUAAGCAGUGUAUAACGCCAAACUUUAAAUUUACUCAGUCAUACAACAACAACAACGAUAACAACAACAACAACAUAAGCUUUAUUUGCAUGACUAUAAUUAUUUAGUUACAGUAUUGCAAAAGAUUUAACAUAAAGUUACAAUUUAUAACAAUGAUAAUGCAAUGCGAUGAUUACUACAGUCAAUCAAGUGUCAUCAGCAUGAUUUGAUAAUAAAUUAGUGCGUAAAUCAUUACAUAAUGAGACAAAUGAUCAAGGACUUUACAUUUUGCUCAUUAACACUAGGCUAGUAGUCACGAGUGUAGUUCAACGUUUAAUCUGAGCCAUACAACCAUAAACACAAUAAUUAAUAUUAAAGAUAUUAACACAUGACAGGAAUAUUUGGACCUUAUAUGAACGCGAGGGCUUCUCCUCUCUUUUUAGCUUAGACUACCAGGGGAGGUUACUUAGGUUAAAUUUUUGCAGGAUGGGUGCCGCUGGCCUCUCAAAACGCCUACCCCAUUAUAUUCUAUGCAUGCUGGUCGAUCAUGUACUGGCUCUAUUUCAGGUCUUCCAGUCUUCAGAAAAGUUCCACCUUCACUUGCCACACCAGUUCAAGGCACGACGUUUCAAGUAACAUGCCAAGCUGACGGAUAUCCUCGCCCCGCGAUAACCUGGACUAGAGCAGCAAUGCCCUUACCUGCUGGAAAGACUAGUAUAAACCAAGGCACACUUACCAUUAACAACUUGAGUCCUGCUGACAAUGGUUUUUACGACUGCGUAGCUACUAACAUUAUGGGAACAAAGAAGAAAAGAAUCAACUUAGCAGUACAAGUGCAUCGUUCAGGUUUGUAUUGAAGGCACCGUCUCACUCUGAGGGUACUCUGUAUAUACCUGCUUCAAUAAAAGGUUGCUUUGGUAAUUGGGCACUGGGCAUUUGGGCGUACGGAACUCACUGCAAUGAAUUGCUUGAGUGUCCACCAAACAAUAGCUUCCCAGCGCGCAAUUAUACAAUGCCCAAAGCAAGAAUCUGGUACUCUUAGAUUAAACGUUCAUUUCAGUAAUGCAAAUCGUCUUAUCCAGCUUGCCAUUUCGGUUAAACACCAGAUAAGAGUGUGCAUUAUGAAAGACAGUUUUUCGAAAGUCUAAAUUUGCCACUGCGGGAACUAUACAGCUAUACCGAAAUAUAUCGCAGGGUGAUCUUUCCUAAGACCGCUUUAUUUUAAUUCUUGUUGUUUCUUUGUUUGUCUGUUUAUUUUUCAGGCAUUCAAAAACCAUCUAAUCACUGCUAAAGCCAGACGAGAGCUACUAUCAUUGCGAGUGUAUGUUGCGCUUACGGAAAUUGGCAACUUAAGACAAUUAUGCGUGUUUACUAGAGUUUAAAUGAUCUUAAAUGCUUAAACGUCCUUAACAGCGUGCAAAUCACGUACAUGCAUGCAUACAUGCUUUCUUUAGUCUCUUGCAAUGUUACUCUUUUUCUCAAUAAAUUCAGUUGUUGUAACAUUUUAAAAACUUUUUACCUUGUCAUUUUAUGGACGUUGACUUUUAAUACUUAGGUUUUGAAAGCUCAGUCAUUGUGGGAAACAACAGAAAUCACUUGACCUUGUUAAGAAACUGGCUAGCACCUGUGACAAAAAGCGUGAAUUCUCUCUGGAAGCGCUGUUGGCGUGCAUCCGUGGACGGCUGGGCUGGAAGUACAUUUCACUCACGAUGUGACAGCAAGGGCCCGACUGUGACAAUAAUAAGGGUCGGGAGAUAUAUUUUCGGAGGAUACACAAGUAUUUCAUGGGGUAAGUGAGCAUUGUAAUCCAUGGCAGUAGCAUUUAUACCUUUGGCGUAAUUGGCAUUCAUAUGUUCAGCUAAAAGUGCAGCUUGGUACUUAGCAAUAUGGAAUCAUGUGAGUCUACCUUUCAAACAUGGUUAAGCAGUGGCGGACAAAGGUUCUAGGUUAAUAGCUCUAGAUGCGGGCCCAUAUCCCCUCGUUAUUCAAGGAGCGAGGACCGCCCCUCCUACACUCACAUGGUGUGAAUGAACGCCCCACCCCUUUUCUAGGGUUCUGGCGCUGCAGAUGGUAAGUAAUGCAUUUCUAGCUUGGCAAAACGUGCCCAAAUUCCAGGCCAAUACUACCGAAUUAUAAUAAUUUUGAGGUUCUAAUUGAGGACCGCCCCUCCUACACUUACAUGGUGUGUAUGAGCGCCACCCUCCUCCCCCCCCCUUCUUCUCAAGUUUUGGUUUUGCAGAUGAUAAGUGAUGCAUUUCUAGCCUGUCAAAACGUGCCUAAAUUCCAGGCUACUACUAUUAUAAUAAUUUUGAGGUUAUAAAAUAUCAAUAUUGUUCUGACUUUCUUGCCACCCUGCUAUUUUCCAUCCCUCAGUUUCCAUAUUGCAAAAGUAGCGACUAACGAACUUCACCACAGGUUUUUGGUGAAAUUCGCAAAUUUUGGCAAAGAAAAAACACGCUCUUUUGACAUGUCCGCGUACGUGAUACACCAAGACGAAGGUUCAUUUCACCGAUCAAACUUUCGUAAUUUUGCUUGAGCGAAAUGUCGCGAAGAGGAUUCUUCUCUUCGGAUUCGAACGAACUUAAUAGAUUGAAAUAAGUGACAGAAAUACAUAAUGCUUUAUACCUUUUCAAGAAUGAAGGCUCCUAAAACUCUUUAUUGUCUGUUUCCUUUGUUGUCUUCUUAAUACAGUACCCUUAAAAUCGAACGAAGUAUUAAUUUACCAAUAAAAUGUAUUGCGACAUGCACCAGUUCAUGUCCAGUAUAGCUGUAUCUUUUACCAAAAUACCUGCUCGUAAAUAAUAAUGCAAUAAAAUAAUAUUCAUACUACUAAUAAUGAUGAUUAUAAUAAUAAUAAUAAUAAUAAUACAAUAAUAACGAUAAUAAUAAUAUUGAUAAUGAUAAUGAUAAUAAUAAAGAAGACAGAAACUGAUUUCGUUUUUGAUAAAUGACGAACGUUACUGAGAAACUCGAUCGCAUUUGUUUUAUGAAAAUAAGGUAUUUACUGUUUUUAAUUAAUAAUAAUCAUCAUCAUCGUCAUCAUUAUGACAGGCACGAGGACAAUGCCGCUAACUUAUCUUAGAAAAGUUUUGUUUCAUUUCUUUUAGCUUCUGGUUCUGGCCGGUAUCAAUACGAUUCAAAAGCCUUCUUAUUUUCCCUGGUAAACAAGCCAGGAUGGGCGCCUGUCAAAUUGUCUCAGUCAGGGCAAUCUAGUUCUAGCAGAGCACAUUCCAUAUGCUUUCGCUUAUCUUAUGGGCCUACAUUCGGAGGAGGACAUGACAUUAGCAUCAAAAACUACGCUUCAUCUAAUAGCAAUUCUUACAGCAACCUUGGCCAUACUUACAGCCCACCGAGCGGAUACAGCUACCAAAGCACCUUCGCACAAACAUUCCUGGCAGGAUCACUGUACUUCACACCAGACGAAGUUGAAACCUUUUACGAAACAACCUAAUUAAUAUAAUGCGUGACACCGGCUUUGAUAUUUCAGCUGAGCUGAUUGUACAAGUAGACACUUAAAGGUGAACGAAUCUACAGCACUAAGCAAGCUCCUUAUAUCUAAAUCAAAACACAAUCAUUAGAACGUAUACUACAAUAUUUCACAAACAAACAAAAAAUAGAAUUGUAAAAAAGAGAAAUGAUUUUGAUAUCUAUAACUGGUCCAACUGCGCUGAUCUUUUUUUACCUGGAUACGAGUCUGGGGGCAGCUAUGCUGUCAUCUGUCAGAAAACAGUUACGUCCUUAUCAUGAGGGCAAAGAAAUCUUGCUUCCGAGUAAACAAAGUUGAAAAAAAAAAAUAUUACAGUGAUAUUUUACUGAACCAGGCUGUCCUCACUGCUUUGUUGCCCAAUGCGAUACCACUGAUAUUAGUAAUCAAAAAUUAAGAUUAUUACUAAUUGCUUAAUGCGGCAACACUAUCUCAUAUACAGGAAAAGACUGCUUGCAGUCACGUGACAAUCCCGAUCACCUUCUAGCAGUGUAGCAAUUAAAAUUACCAGCGUUGGGUUACUACCUCAUGUAAGUCCUACGUAUAAAAUCUGAGGUACAUCAGUAUCCUUUAUGACUGACCUAUUAUAUAAAAUAUUAUUAAAUAAAAUAUACCCCUAUAGGAAGUUUCUACUGAUAAUAAAUAAAUAAAAGACCACGCUUACGAGCUAGUAUUAAUUGUAAAUGUCCAGACAAGAAUUAAAUUUCAAUAAAAUUACUCAUGUUUGUCAUAAAAAGAGAACUUCAUUCUCUCAACGUUGUCAAUAACGAGUGUUAAUGGUCACGUGGUCAAACUUGUUUCCUUUCCUGUAAACGUGAUGUUGAUUUCAGCAAUAAUUUAAAAUAUGGUAUCUGUUGGAACUUUGACCACGUUUGAGUGCAACAGGAGGAAGGUUAACAACCGGCAGAGAAGCCCGGCUCACGUCAAUCGAAUGUAAGCUAAUUUAAUACACUUGUUUUAAUGGGCUUAAGGAGAAGGGAUCAGGUUUAACUUGCAACUUUCCCUCAAACUUGGAGUAACUGUGACAGAAAACAAGAAUUGAAUUAAAUAAAUUACUCAUGCUCGAAUGUUUGUUACAAAAAGAGAAACUUUAUUCUCUCCACGUUAUCAAGAAUGAAGAAUAAAGCCAACAGUCACGUGGUCAACCUCUUACGUGAUGUUUGAUUUCUGAUAUCGUAAAAUUCCGAAAAUAAGCCCCUCCAAAUAUAAGCCCCCCAAACUCGUAACGCAAAAAACCCUCCGUUAAAUCGCCCCUCCAAAUAUAAGCCUCCCCGGGGGCUUGUACUUGGAAAUUGCCCUCAAAUACAAAGUAAAACAAACAGAAACGGUAAAUUUACUUCCAACUAUAAGGCUAGCCCAAUCAGUUUUGAAACGCAAAUUUCCUCCGUACGUAAGCCCCUCCGAAUAUAAGCCCCUCAAAAAGGGCCUUUGAAAAGCAUAAGCCCCGGGGCUUAUUUUCGGAAUUUUACGGUAUUUUAGAAUACGGAAACCGUUGGAACUUUGACCACGUUUGAGUGCAACAAGAGAAAAGAUACCAUUGACAAAAUAGCCCGGCUUACGUCAAGUAUCUAAUGUAAGCUAACACUCUUGUUUUUCUGGGCUAAAUCAGAAGCGGAUCAGGUUUAACUUAAAACUUUCCCUCAAACUUCCGUCUUCGAAUGGCUGUGAAAGAAAACGAUCGUAAAACUACAAAAAUGAAAACCGUAAACUCUUCGAAAUCUCAACGAGUCCUUGAGUUUGUUCCGUCACUUAGACCAUCGUUCCUUUCUGUUCUAUUAGUUUUUGUCUGCGGAUGUCUCUGGGUGAAGAAUGAAACAACAAGCGAACGACUGAUCGCGCUGGAAUCUCGCGUUAACCUUUUCCCCUGCGUUCAGAGUGUCUCGGCUGAAAAUACUGACAGGAUGUCUCUUUUACCGACAGAAGGCACAGCAAGAGAUCUUUAUAAGAAAGUUCAGACACAUAUUUCAGAAAGGAUUGGUUAUACUCCAGGUAAAAUCAUCAUUUCAGAUGUUUUUUAGAUGCAGCUAGAUGUUUAGAACUGAGUUUAUCCUCUUUUGAUUUAGGCAUAUAAUCUUUCACACAGUGCGAGUGUACGAGAUCUUUGGAUAUUUCAUGACAGAAUUGAAUUUUUACUUCUACUAACACUGUAUGAACCCUUUUGAAAUACUCUCACUCUUUUGUAAUACUGCUUAGAUAUUCACUUAGCCACCUAUACUGGAAAAACAGUAAAGAAAUUUACGGUGUAAAUGAUGUUGAAUCAUGGCUUAAGUGGCGAACGACUUGCUCACGUACAAGAUAUGUGGUCGAUACGACCAUAAAGCUUCAUUAAACAAAAAAUUAUCGCUUACAUAUUCGACCAUUUAGGAUGGUAGAGGAAGCUCCCUAAGCAUUUAGGGUGUGCGUUCAGAGUGUGCAUAACAGUUUUCCGCCACUGAGCUUGUUUAAGUCGUUUAAGGUUGAUCACGGAUGGCGUUACAAACUUGGCAAUAAGUGCACAGCAUUUUUUUUCUGCGUUUAUCUGUUUGCUGUAGAGCUUAUUUCUUCAAGGAAAAGAAAAUUUUUAGCUCUAUGUGAUUAAAGUUGUUACAGUAGCGUAAAAUUUGAGAAUUUUUGUCUUAAACGGCUUUAGAGGAGUCCGGUUAAGGAGUCUUAGGGAUAGCCGAUAGGGUGGCAAGAUGAAAUGUGCGUUUAUUGAACGGUCUCAGUUGGUUUGAACCCCGGGGGGGGUCCCUAUGAUGGCCUAGACGGAGCGGCUUCGUUUCCCCAAAAGGAGUAUCUUUUUCAGGCUUAAGGUAUAUGAAAGGGUAGGGAUUUCAUUUGUGGAAGUAUAUAAAAGUGUAGGGAAAUCUGUCAUUUGGUCUGUGAAAGGGCCCAAAGGGGCUAACAGAUGAAUUUUUGGCUUUAUAAAGUCGAAAAACGUUCUGUUUUUCUGAUUGAUUCCUAUUUAAAAGACAGUGCAUUUACAGCAGUUAAAAGAGAUGCAAAGUUCUAAACAGGGUUUGUGAAAGGCGUGCCAUUUCUCAAUGGAAGGUAGUAUACGAAAGGGGUACCUUUUUCAAGGCAAAAAGAGGUAUAGGGGUUGAACCUCGAGGUGGAGCCUCCCCGUACAAACAUUUGUUGAGGACCCCCUCCCCGGGGGUUUGAAAUGUGUGUGUUUAUCAAGAAUGAGCUUGGCUUUCCCUUGGAAGCAGGAAGGGAAGAAGACAGGAACAAAUUAGAAAGUUGGGUUCCAAUGUGUUAAUAACCUUUUUGUGGAGCGCAAUCUCUGAAACGCUUAAUUUUGUGUUAGAAAUGUCAACCUUAUCAUUCAUUUGUUUUCUCUUUAUUUUUUAUAUUACUGAAUUAGUAUGGAUAUUUAAAAAUUUCUUAAUUUUUCUUAACUGCAGCCAGCCCGUUGCCAUAAAAGGCAUCAGCAACCAUCCGGCUAAGAAGACGAAGACGUCUUUUAAAUGACUCUUCAACUAGUGUCACCAUAAAUGACGUGCGAAAAGAAAUCACAAAACAGUUUGAACAACUUAUGCCCACCAAGUACUGUAAGUCAAGUGAGAAAGUAUGUCCUGCAGGUCCCCCCGGAUAUCCUGGUCCCAUUGGAGCAAGGGGACCACGUGGCAGAAGGGGACCAAAAGGAAAGAAAGGUCCUCAAGGUCCCAUAGGACCUCCUGGAAAAUCCGGAAAAACAGGAAUGACGGGUCCUGCAGGACCGAAAGGAGAAAAGGGAGAUAAAGGAGAACCUGGGCCAAAAGGCAUGCCGGGACCACCUGGAAGGCCUGGGAAAUCGAUAUCUGCUCCACAAGUGACGUUAUCGCCAGCAGAGCAGACACGAGAUGAGGGAGGAAAUACGGCAUUUUAUUGCACGAUUGCAGGAAGCCCUUCCCCAAUCGUGGAAUGGCAAUUUAAGGGCACAAAGCUUCUGUCAGGUGCAAAGUAUCUGAUUAAAGAAGGAGAGUUGAUAGUUAGAAAUCUGAAUUACAGCGAUGCUGGACCGUACACAUGUGCUGCCGGGAACAUUCUUGGAUCGUUUGAGGCCACUAGCAACUUGACUGUUCGAGGUAAGAGGAACAUUUAACUUAGGGUGUUGUUAUAUCUGGCUGCUUGAUUUUGUAGUCUUCUUUGUGCUCCAAGAAUGCGAGAAUAAGAGGCCAGGUUUGAAUAUAAAAAUGGCACCGUUCUUUACUCAUUUACUUUUAUCUCUUCUUUCAUUUUUUUCUUAUUUCUUAAGCAGUGUAUAACGCCAAACUUUAAAUUUACUCACUCAUACAACAACAACAACGACAACAACAACAACAACAUAAGCUUUAUUUGCAUGACUAUAAUUAUUUAGUUACAGUAUUACAAAAGAUUUAACAUAAAGUUACAAUUUAUAACAAUGAUAAUGCAAUGCGAUGAUUACUACAGUCAAUCAAGUGUCAUCAGCAUGAUUUGAUAAUAAAUUAGUGCGUAAAUCAUUACAUAAUGAGACAAAUGAUCAAGGACUUUAGAUUUUACUCAUUAACACUAGGCUAGUAGUCACGAGUGUAGUUCAACGUUUAAUCUGAGCCAUACAAACAUAAAGACAAUAAUUAAUAUUAAAGAUAUUAACACAUGACAGGAAUAUUUGGACCUUACAUGAACGCGAGGGCUUCUCCUCUCUUUUUAGCUUGGACUAUCAGGGGAGGUUACUUAGGUUAAAUUUUUGCAGGAUGUGUGCCGCUGGCCUCUCAAAACGCCUACCCCAUUAUAUUCUAUGCAUGCUGGUCGAUCAUGUACUGGCUCUAUUUCAGGUCUUCCAGUCUUCAGAAAAGUUCCACCUUCACUUGCCACACCAGUUCAAGGCACGACGUUUCAAGUAACAUGUCAAGCUGACGGAUAUCCUCGCCCCGUGAUAACCUGGACUAGAGCAGCAAUGCCCUUACCUGCUGGAAAGACCAGUAUAAACCAAGGCACACUUACCAUUAACAACUUGAGUCCUGCUGACAACGGUUUUUACGACUGCGUAGCUACUAACAUUAUGGGAACAAAGAAGAAAAGAAUCAACCUAGCAGUACAAGUGCAUCGUUCAGGUUUGUAUUGAAGGCACCGUCUCACUCUGAGGCUUCUCUAUAUAUACCUGCUUAAAUAAAAGGUUGCUUUGGCAAUUGGGCACUGGGCAUUUGGGCGUACGGAACUCACUGCAAUGAAUUGCUUGAGUGUCCACCAAACAAUAGCUUCUCAGUGCGCAAUUAUACAAUGUCCAAAGCAAGAAUCAGGUACCGUUAGAUUAAACGUUCAUUUCAGUAAUGCAAAUAGUCUUAUCCAGCUUGCGAUCUUGGUUAAACACCAGAUAAGAGUGUUCAUUAUGAAGGACAGUUUUUCGAAAGUCUAAAUUUGCCACUGCGGGAACUAUACAGCUAUACCGAAAUACAUCGCAGGGUGAUCCUUCCGAAGACCGCUUUAUUUUAAUUUUUGUUGUUUCUUUGUUUGUCUGUUUAUUUUUCAGGCAUUCAAAAACCAUCCAAUUAUUGCUAAAGCCAGACGAAAGCUACUAUCAUUGCGAGUGUAUGUUGUGCUUACGGAAAUUUACAACUUAAGACAAUUAUGCGUGUUUAAUGGAGUUUCAAUGAUCUUAAAUGCUUAAACGUCCUUAAUAGCGCGAAAAUCACGUACAUGCAUGCAUACAUGCUUUCUUUAGUCUCUUGCAAUGUUGCUCUUUUUCUCAAUAAAUUCAGUUGUUGUAACAUUUUAAAAAAAACUUUUUACCUUGUCAUUUUAUGGACGUUGACUCUUAAUACUUAGGUUUUGAAAGCUCAGUCAUUGUGGGAAACAACAGAAAUCACUUGACCUUGUUAAGAAACUGGCUAGCACCUGUAACAAAAAGCGUGAAUUCUCUCUGGAAGCGCUGUUGGCGUGCAUCCGUGGACGGCUGGGCUGCAAGUACAUUUCACUCACGAUGUGACAGCAAGGGCCCGACUGUGACAAUAAUAAGAGUCGGGAGAUAUAUUUUCGGAGGAUACACAAGUAUUUCAUGGGGUAAGUGAGCAUUGUAAGCCAUGGCGGUGACAUUUAUACCUUUGACGUAAUCAGUUGGCAUUGAUAUGUUCAGCUACAAGUGCAGGUUGGUACUUAGCAAUAUGGAAUCAUGUGACUGUACCUUUCAUACAUGGUUAAGCAGUGGCGGACAAAGUUUCUAGGUUAAUAGCUCUAGAUGUUGGCCCAUAUCCCCUCGUUCCUCAAGGGGCGAGGACCGCCCCUCCUACACUCACAUGGUGUGAAUGAACGCCCCACCCCUUUUCUAGAGUUCUGGUGCUGCAGAUGGUAAGUGAUGCAUUUCUAGCUUGGCAAAACUUGCCCAAAUUCCAGGCCAAUACUACCGAAUUAUAAUAAUUUUGAGGUUCUAAUUGAGGACCGCCCCUCCUACACUCACAUGGUGUGUAUGGGCGCCACCUCCCACCCUUCUUCUCAAGUUCUGGUUUUGCAGAUGAUAAGUGAUGCAUUUCUAGCCUGUCAAAACGUGCCGAAAUUCCAGGCUGCUACUAUUACAGUAAUUUUUAGGUUAUAAAGUAUCGAUAUUGUUCUGACUUUCUUGCCACCCUGCUAUUUUCCAUCCCUCAGUUCCCAUAUUGCAAAAGAAGCGACUAACGAACUUCACCUCAUGUUUUUGGUGAAAUUCGCAAAUUUUGGCAAAGAAUUAAAAAACACGCUCUUUUGACAUGUCCACGUACGUGAUACACCAACACGAAGGUUCAUUUCACCUAUCAAACUUUCGUAAUUUUGCCUGAGCGAAAUAUCGCGAAGAGGAUUCUUCUCUUCGGAUUCGAACGAGCUUGAUAGACUGAAAUGGGUGACAGAAAUACAUAAUGUUUUAUACAUUUUCAAGGAUAAAGGCUCCUAAAACUCUUUAUUGUAUUCUUAAUACAGUACCCUUAAAAUCAAACGAAGUAUUAAUUUACCAAUAAAAGUGUAUUGCGACAUGCACCAGUUCAUGUAAAAAAGAAGCUUCUAGCUUCGGCAAGUGGUAAAAAAGACAAAAACAGAUAAAUUUGGAGAUUUGCUUCAUAAAGUUAUAAAAGAACAAAUGUUAUUAAUUACUAAUUUUUUCCCCGAUCUAUUGCUUGUAAUUGCAAAUCUUUUAAAAUUAACAUCUCCCACAGGCCGACACCUCAGCUUCGGUGAGCUUGCAGCCACAUAAAACUCUCUCCUGAGCGGACGAAUCACGCUUGCCAUGAGUAUAGUUGUAUCUUUUACCAAAAUACCUGCACGUAAAUAAUAAUGCAAUAAUAUAGUAUGCAUACUAAUAAUAAUGAUGAUGAUGAUGAUGAUAAUAAUAAUAAUAUAAUAAUAAUAAUAAUGAUAAUAAUGAUAAUUAUAAUGAUAAUAAUAAAGAAGACAUUGAAACUGAUUUCGUUUUUGAUAAAUGACGAACAUUACUGAGAAACUCGAUCGAAUUGUUUUAUGAGAAUAAGGUAUUUACUGUUUUUAAUUAAUAAUAAUAAUAAUCAUCGUCAUCAUUUUGACAGGCACAAGGACAAUGUCGCUAACUUAUCUUAGAAAAGUUUUGUUUCAUUUCUUUUAGCUUCUGGUUCUUACCGGUAUCAAUACGACUCAAAAGCCUUCUUAUUUUCGCUGGUAAACAAGCCAGGAUGGGCGCCUGUCAAAUUAUCUCAGUCAGGGCAAUAUAGUUCUAGCAGAGCACAUUCCAUAUACUUUCGCUCAUCCUAUGGGCCUACAUUUGGAGGAGGACAUGACAUUAACAUAAAAAACUACGCGUUAUCUAAGAGCAAUUCUGAGCGGACACAGCUACGGCAGCACCUUCACACGAACAUUCCUGAGCUGAGCUGAUUGUACAAGUAGACGCUUAAAGCUGAACGAAUCUACAGCACUAAGCAAGCUCCUUAUAUCUAAAUCAAAACACAAUCAUUAGAACGUAUACUACAAUAUUUUAAAAACAAACAAAAAAUAGAAUUGUCAAAAAGAGAAAUGAUUUUGAUAUCUAUAACUGGUCCAACUGCUCUGAUUAUAAAUGGCUGAUAAAAGCGUGUUAUAAAGUAUCUCCCAAGCUGUUCACAGUACCGCGUAGGCCUUAACCCAACCCUAAUCUUUUUUCACCUGGGUAUACGAGUCUAGGUGGGGACAGCUAUACUAUCAUCUGUCAGAAAACAGUUACAUCCUUAUCAUGAGGGCAAAGAAAUCUCAGCUUCCGAGUAAACAAAGUUGAAAAAAAAAAAAAGCAGUACAGUGAUAUUUUACUGAACCAGGCUGUCCUCACUGGCGGUUUGUAACUGUGGCUUGGCCUUCAUAAGUAUUAUAAUAAUCCAUAAGGAAACUUAAGAGUCUUAACUUCAACUUCAACUUCAACUUUAUUUCAUAAGACUAUUGGUUACAAUAGACUGGCCCGCAAAAUAGCAAUUGCUAAUCUAGGCGGUCCAGUUAAAAGAAAAAGUAAAUUGAAAGGAAAAGAAAGGAAAGGAAAAGGAAGGAAAACUACAAUUUUAAGUUACAAUAAAUAAUAUUCUAUCACAGUUUUAUUUUAAUUACAUUAAAUCUGAACAAGCAAACAAACAAAUACUUUAAUACAGAAAUCACUAAACUAUUAAUCGAACUUUUUCAACUAUUAAGGGCGUCUCAAUAUAGUCAUCUUCUCUUUUUAAGAUAUCCUAAAGCAAUCUGUGAAGUACUUUCCUAAAUUUCUUUUAAGGAAGAUCUCUAAUAUGACAAGGCAUCUCAUUCCAAAGUUUUUUUUUUCUUAAGAGAUAACACUGAUCAAUGUUUGGUUUUACUCGGUCCGCGUGCAUAAUGCCGGAUAUCACUAUAUAAAUAUUAGUAAUCAAAGAUUAAAAUUACUAUCUCUAAUUAUCUCAUAUGCAGGUAUAGACUGCUUGCAGUCACGUGACAAUCCCGAUCGCCUUCUGGCAGUGUAGUAAUUAAAGGUUACUAAUUCAUGUAAGCCUACGUAUAAUAUCUGAGGCACAUCAGUAGCCAUCAUGACUGUUCUAGUAUAUAAAAUAUUAAUGUAAUAUACACUCAUAAGAAAUGUAUACUGAUAGUAAAUAGAUAAAAGAUCACGUUCACGGGCUAGUAUUAAUUGUUUUUACAGAUAAGAAUUAAAAUUCAAUAAACUUACUCAGUUUUUAUAUAAAAAGAGAGCUUCAUUCUCUGAACGUUAUCAAUAAUGUUUGUUAAUGGUCACGUGGUCAAACUUGUUUCCUUUCCUGUAAACGUCAUGUUUGAUUUAAGCAAUAAUUUAAAAUAUGGUGUCUGUUGGAACUUUGAACACAUUUGAGUGCAGCAGGAGGGAGGUUAACAACAGGAAGAGCAGCCCGGCUUACGUCAAUCUAAUGUAAGCUAAUUUUAACCAACAAUACACUCGUUUUUAUGGGCUUAAUGAGAAGGGAUCAGGUUUAACUUCCAACUUUCUCUCAAACGUGGAGAGACUGUGACAGAAAACAAGAAUUAAAUUAAAUAAAAUUACUCAUACUCGAAUGUUUUUUACUAAAAUAGGAACUUUAUUCUCUCUACGUUAUCAAGAAUGAUAAAUAAAGCCAAUGGUCACGUGGUCAACCUCUUACCUUUCCUGUGAACGUGAUGAAUGGUUUCUACAAUAUUUUAGAAUACGGAAAUUGUUGCAACUUUGACCACGUUUGAGUGCAACAAGAGAAAAGUUACCACCGGCAGAAUAGCCCAGCUUAAGUCAAUCUAAUGUAAGCUAACGAUCUUGUUUUUCUGGGCUAAAUCAGAAGCGGACCAGGUUUAAUUUGCAACUUUCCCUCAAACUUCCGUCUUCGAGUGGCUGUGAAAGAAAACGAUCGUAAAACUAUAAAAAUGAAAACCGUAAACUCUUCAAAAUCUCAACGAGUCCUUGAGUUUGUUCCGUCAAUAAGACCAUCGUUCCUUUCGGUGGUAUUAGUUUUAGUUUCCGGAUGUCUCUGGCUGUAAAAUGAAGCAACAAACGAAAGACUGAUUUCACUGGAAUCUCGUAUUAACUGUGUUCCUUGCACUAAGCGUGGCACGAUUGAUAAUCUAGACAGGAUGACUUUGUCACCGACAAAAGAUAUCGCAAUAGACCUUUCCAAGAAGAGGCAGGCACAAGUUUCAUACCUCAGGUAAAAUUUAUUCUCACUCUUCUUGCUUGGAUGGCCUUAAGUACAUUGAGGAUGUUUACAUUUGCUUUUAUUCUCCCGCGGUUAAGACACAACCUUUCAUGACGUGAGUUCGCGUUAACAACACAGGAUCUUUUGCAAUUCCAAAAUAGUAUCAGAUUUUAACUUAGACUGUAUGAAACUGUUUUGUAAUGCUCCCUAGAUGUCAGUAAUUAAGCCUCUGCCACUGAUAAAAAACCGAAGAGAUCUACAGCGUAAAUGAACUUGAAUUUAUAAAUAAUGUGUCUACAAGGGCAGAACAAUAUUCCUUCACGCGCCAGACACAUGAUCGAUAUCAUUACUAUACAGCUUCAUGCAUGUGCGUCUUGUUUGAGGUUAUUUGGGUCUCGGGAUUGAAAAGUAUAUUGCGUGACCAAUUUCAAGCAAUAAUGACCCAGUUCUUGGCAAUUCAUUUUUAGAUUUAUCUGUUUUGCUUUAGAUUGAGCUAUUUUCGUUUCGCACUUUCUGGAUAAAUUUUCGAAUAGUAUAGAGAGUAUAGAUCAGUAUAGACAAAAGGCGUGUGUUAAGAGAUUAUUCGGUAAAUAAUAUUUCCUUUUCUUUCAAAGGAGUUCAGUCUAAUUUGAAAAACUUUGCUUAACCCUUAUGGGAUUACAAGAGCGAUUGAAAGUACGUGUGUUCAAGACCUCAGUUGGCUUAAAAUUCGUGCGAAGGUCUUGAGAUUCGAUUCUUGUUCCUUUAUAAGUUACCUUUAUCCGGAAAAGUCAGCGGUAUCAUUCUUUCGUUCCUUCUCGAUCUUGUUCAGUUUUACAAUUUAUCAUUGGAACAGUGGCACCCAACGAGAACAUAGUUCAAAACCACUUAAACAUAGCAUUGUUGAACGUAUAUUAAACAAUUAUUGGAUGAGGUUGAGCAUGAUAUCAUGAAUUAUCAAAACCGAUGUCUGUAUUAUCUGCCUCAGCCUUCGGCUUCGGCAGAUAAUACAGACACGAGGUUUUGAUAAUUCAUGAUAUCAUGCGAAAACCGAAUUCAAUAAUUGUUUUAUUAUACAUUUUUUAAACAAUAGGCAAAAGAAGACAUUCAGCCAUUCUGUUUCUGAGGAGAACACUCCAAGGGGCUUGGUAACCAGGCAGACGUUGAACUUGACACGAUAAAUGCAAUAUCUGCAGCAGAUAUUGCAUUUAUCGUGUCAAGUUCACAAGAUAUUGUGAAUUGAUUGAAUGCUCUCGACCAAUCAGAUUUUUCAUAGUGAGUCUGAUGUAUAAUAAUAGUAUUUAUAGAAUAACUGAGAUAGUACGCGUGAUCUGAUUGGUCAAAAACCUAUGGUUUAUUAUACCGGUAAACCCAUAGAAAAAGGCAUCCGGACCACGAGUCAUAAACAAAACCGGCUAUUGAUCUGCAAACAGUGAUUUUAGAAAGGACAAAAAAAAGAACAGGUUACUUACCCAGCCCUUCUUAAUAUCAAAAGCGUUGGUUUCCACAUUUUAUUACUGCCAUAGCUUUUGAAGUAAUAAAGUACAAAGUUGGAAAGCAGUUUACAUUUCACGACGAUGCCCAAUCGCAGAGAAAAACAACAACUGUGUUAAUUUCUGGUGUAGAAAGUCUCCAGGAAAACUUAACCAUGUGCCAACCAGCAACGAAACGGAUAGUUUUAGCAUUCUUGAUUUAUUUUAUGUCAAAAUUAAAUUCCUUAAUGAAAGAAAUUGUUCCAAAAAGAGAUCUCUGAUCAAGAUAUGGUACAAAAUCGGCCGCUGUAGACAAGCUACCAACGAUGAUGAAAGAUGUCAGAGUUUCGGGCUGGUUUUUUCCAACAUUUGCACAAAUUAUUCGGUGACAUCGAUGCCAUAACCUGGCCUCAAACCACCUGACUUUACAAAUCGACAAAUAUUAACGCCAAUAUGUGGCUACGGCAAAGAAACCUUCAUCCACCACUGACAUAUUUCCAUCGGUCGCUUUACGUGCAUAUAAAGUUACAUGCGACAACUUCGCAAAUGCAGCCACGUCGUUACCGCAGCAUUUCUUAAUCAUAAUAAAGUCCAGAAAACAGAUCGUAAACCACUGCGGCUUGUAAAAUGUGAAUGAAGUCCUCCAUUACAAUAGCUGCCAGUUCCGUCUGUAAGCAAAAAUUCUUACGGAUCGACACAACAAAAUACAGCUGCGUACAGUCUGAUGUUUAAUUAAUUUCUACUUCUACAGUAAACAAACCAUGAACGUAUUCUUUCAUUGUACGUUCGCAUGAAUAAAUGUUGACUUUUCCUGUAAAACAGCUUUCAUAAGUUAUCAUGUAAUGAGUGCAAAAACUCGUGUUUUGAAGUGCUGCUGUUUGUUGUUUGACUGAACUGAGUUUUGAGAAAGUUCAGCGCUACUAAAUCGUGAGUCAUGAUUGGCUUAUGAUGACUUUAGAGAGAAGACAUGACUUGAUCACGGUACUAAAACCAUAUUUUUUACCUAAAAGACUCCAUUCUACUAAAAGUAAUUUUAUAAAAGCAAUAGACCACACUUUCUAUGGGUUUACCGGCGUGAUAACCCACUUGGGAUGUUGGGAAAACACUCGAAAGGCUUGUAAAUCACUCGCCUUCGGCUCGUGAUUUACAAGCUUUUCUCGUGUUCUCCCAACAUCCCGCGUGGGUUAUCACGCCGAUAAACCCACAGAAAGUGUGGUCUAUUGCUUAAUUAAACGGUAGAUAUAGGCAUAUCUUAAUCCCUUAAAAAUUUUUCUUCUGUUCGAGUUUCCUAGCAGAAAGUCUAGUGAUCCGAAAUUAUGAAAAUUAUAGGGAUCAAACUUACCUUUCCGAAAAUUUCAGCCAGAAAAAAGGCUCCCGAAAAUUCUAGGUGACCUUUUUAGGGUAAAAAGCCGUUUAAAAUGGGCAAUUAUAUCAUUUUUUAGAUGUUCGAAAAUCCUAGGAGAGGCAGGCAAGUAAGAAAUUUUACAACAAAUGUUCCCAAAAUUCUAGAUCUCAAAUCGUCUUCCGAACAGAUAUUUUCCGAAAAUUGACGUUGGGUGCCCCUGAUUGGAUAAUUAACAGGUAUUAUCUAAUUUUACUUGACUGCAGUCAGCCCGUUGCCAAUAAAGGUAUCAGCAGCAAUCCGGGUAAGAAAGCGAAACGUUGUGAACGACACUUCAACUGGCAUCACCAUACACGAAAUAAGAAAAGAAAUCAGCAAACAGUUUGAACAACUUAUGCCCACCAAGUACUGUAAGUCAAGUGAGAAGGUCUGUCCUGCAGGUCCCCCGGACUUCCUGGUCCCACUGGGGUAAGGGGACUACGUGGCAGGAGGGGCCCAAAAGGAAAGAAAGGUCCUCAAGGUCCCAUGGGACCUCCUGGUAAAUCUGGAAAAACAGGAAUAACUGGUCCUGCAGGACCGAGAGGAGAAAAGGGAGAUAAAGGAGAGCCUGGGCCAAAAGGCGUGUCGUGACCACCUGGAAGGCCUGGAAAAUCGAUAUCUGCUCCACAAGUGAUGUUGUCGCCAGCAGAGCAGACACGAGAUGAGGGAGGAAAUACGGCAUUUUAUUGCACGGUUGUAGGAAACCCUUCCCCAGUCGUGGAAUGGCAAUUUAAGGGCACAAAGCAUCUGUCAGCUGCAAAGUAUCUGAUUAAACAAGGAGCGUUGAUCGUUAGAAAUCUGAAUUACAGCGAUGCUGGACCAUACACAUGUGUUGCCAGGAACAUUCUUGGAUCGUCUGAAGCCACUGGCAACUUGACUGUUCGAGGUAAGAGGAACGUUUAACUUAGAGUUUUGUUAUAUCUGGCUACUUGAUUUUGUAGGCUUCUUUGUGUUCCAAAAAUGCGAGAAUACGAGGUUGGAAUAUAAAAAUGGCACCGUGUUGUUUAAUCAUUUAUUUUUAUCUCUUCUUUCAUUUUUUCUCAUUUCUUAAGCAGUGUAUAACACCAAACUUUAAAUUUACUCACUCAUACAACAACAACAACAACAACAACAACAACAACAACAACAACAUAAGCUUUAUUUGCAUGACUAUAAUUAUUUAGUUACAGUAUUGCAAAAGAUUUAACAUAAAGUUACAAUUCAUAACAAUGAUAAUGCAAUGCAAUGAUUACUACAGUCAAUCAAGUGUCAUCAGCAUGAUUUGAUAAUAAAUUAGAGCGUAAAUCAUUACAUAAUGGGACAAAUGAUCAAGGACUUUAGAUUUUACUCAUUAACACUAGGCUACUAGUCACGAGUGUAGUUCAACGUUUAAUCUGAGCCAUACAAAGAUAAAGACAAUAAUUAAUAUUAAAGAUAUUAACACAUGACAGGAAUAUUGGGACCUUACAUGAACGCGAGGGCACACAACACCAUCCUUCUCCUCCUCUCUUUUUAGCUCAUGUACUGGCUCUAUUUCCGGUCUUCCAGUCUUCAGAAAAGUUCCACCUUCACUUGCCACACCAGUUCAAGGCAGGACGUUUCAAGUAACAUGUCAAGCUGACGGAUAUCCUCGCCCCGCGAUAACCUGGACUAGAGCAGCAAUGCCCUCACCUGCUGGAAAGACUAGUAUAAACCAAGGCACACUUACCAUUAACAACUUGAGUCCUGCUGACAACGGUUUUUACGACUGCGUAGCUACUAACAUUAUGGGAACAAAGAAGAAAAGAAUCAACCUAGCAGUACAAGUGCAUCGUUCAGGUUUGUAUUGAAGGCACCGUCUCACCCUGUAUAUACCUGAUUCAAUAAAAGGUUGCUUUGGUAAUUGGGCACUGGGCAUUUGGGCGAACGGAACUCACUGCAAUGAAUUGCUUGAGUGUCCACCAAACAAUAGCUUUCCAGGGCGCAAUUAUACAAUGCCCCCCCCCCCGGGGGGGGGGGGUACUCCCAUACAUUACCUAUACGGAUAUGUGCCGCCCAAAGGGGUCGUGAUUUUGAGCUCCUGAUUUAGAACGGGGUAUCCAUUUCAGAGGUGUUUUCUAGAACGGGGUAUAAUAUUUCGAACGCACGAAAGCUCCACUUUUGUAAGCAGGGCAUUUGAAAGUAUUCAAGGACAGAUUGCUUUAAAAAUACGGUUGAAUGCGUUAACAAGCAAACCGUUGUACUUUUGUUGCACCCUAGAACGGAGUAUAAAAAAUUGGCCAUUUCUAGAACGGGGUAUCAGUUUUAGGGCGAAUUCUAGAACGGGGUAAAAAAAUUGGCCCAUUUCUUCAACGGGGUAUCAAUUUUAGCGGAAAAUUUUUCUAGAACGGGGUGCCAAUUUGGAGUCCCGGGCGGCACAUACCCACCCAAAAAAUACCCAAGUGCCCCCGGCAAUGCCCAAAGCAAGAAUCAGGAACCCUUAGAUUAACCGUUCAUUUCAGUAAUGCAAAUCGUCUUAUCCAGCUUGCGAUCUUAGUUAAAGACCAAAAGAGAGUGUUAAAGCAUUAUGAAGGACAGUUUUUCGAAAGUCAAACUUUGCCACUGCGAGAACUAUACGGCUAUACCGAAAUAUAUCGCAGGGUGAUUUUUUCGAAGACCGCUUUAUUUUAAUUUUUGUUUUUGUUGUUUCUUUGUUUGUUUGUUUAUUUUUCAGGCAUUCAAAAACCAUCUAAUUACUGCUAAACCAGACGAGAGCUACUAUCAUUGCGAGUGUGUGUUGCGCUUACAGAAAUUUGCAACUUAAGACAUGUAUGCUUACUAGAGUUUCAAUGAUCUUUUAAAAUGCUUAAACUUCCUUAAUAGCGCGCAAAUGACGUCUUACAUGCUUUCUUUAGUCACUUGCAAUGUUACUCUUUUUCUCAAUAAAUUCAGUUGUUUUCACAUUUUAAAAACUUUUUAAAAAAAUUAUGGACGUUGACUUUAAAUACUUAGGAUUUGAAAGCUCAGUCAUUGUGGGAAACAACAGAAAUCACUUGACCUUGUUAAGAAACUGGCUAGCACCUGUGGCAAAAAGCGUGAAUUCUCUCUGGAAGCGCUGUUGGCGUGCAUCCGUGGACGGCUGGGCUGCAAGUACAUUUCACUCACGAUGUGACAGCAAGGGCCCGACUGUGACAAUAAUAAGGGUCGGGAGAUAUAUUUUCGCAGGAUGCACAAGUAUUUCAUGGGGUAAGUGAGCAUUGAAAGCCAUGGCUGUGGAAUUUAUACCUUUGGCGUAAUUGGCAUUCAUAUGUUCAGCUAAAAGUGCAGCAUGGUACUUAACAGUGUGAAAUCAUGUGACUGUACCUUUCAUACAUGGUUAAGCAUUGGCGUACAAAGGUUCUAUGUUAAUAGCUCUAGAUGCGAGCCCAUAUCCACUCGUUCCUCAAGGGGCGAGGACCGCCCCUCCUACACUCGCACGGUGUGAAUGAGCGCCACCCCCCACCCCUUCUCUAGAGUUCUGGUUCUGCAGAUGAUAAGUGAAGCAUUUCUAGAUUGUCAAAACGUGCCCAAAUUCCAGGCUAAUGCUAUAAUAAUACAUGUAAUAAUUUUGAGGUUCUAAAAUAUCGAUAUUGUUCGGACUUUCUUGCCAACCUGCUAUCCUCCAUACUUCAAUUCCCAUAUUGCAAAAGUAGCGACUAACGUACUUCAUCGCAAGUUUUUGGUGAAAUUUGCAAAUUUCGGCUAAGAAAAAACACUCGAUCGAAUUUGUUUUAUGAGAAUAAGGUAUUUACUGUUUUUAAUUAAUAAUAAUAAUCAUCGUCAUCAUUAUGACAGGCACAAGGACAAUGUCGCUAACUUAUCUUACAAAAGUUCUGUUUCAUUUCUUUUAGCUUCUGGUGACCGGUAUCAAUACGACUCAAAAGCCUUCUUAUUUUCGCUGGUAAACAAGCCAGGAUGGGCGCCUGUCAAAUUGUCUCAGUCAGGACAAUCUAGUUCUAGCAGAGCACAUUCCAUAUUCUUUCGCUCAACCUAUGGGCCUACAUUCGGAGGAGGACAUGACAUUAACAUCAAAAACUACGCGUCAUCUAAUAGCAAUUCUUACAGCGACCUUGGCUAUACUUACAGCCCACCGAGCGGGUACAGCUACACAAGCACCUUCGCACGAACAUUCCUGGCAGGAACAUACAGCUUCACACCAGACAAAGUUGAAACCUUUUACGAAACAACCUAAUUAAUAUAAUGCGUGACACCGGCUUUGAUAUUUGAGCUGAGCUGAUUGUACAAGUAGACGCUUAGAGGUGAACGCGGAAUCUACAGCACUAAGGAAGCCCCUUAUAUCUAAAUCAGAACACAAUCAUUAGAACGUAUACUGCAACAUUUUACAAACAAACGAAAAAAAGAAUUGUCAAAAACAGAAAUAAUUUACAACUACAACUGGUCCAACUGUGCUAAUCUUUUUUCACCCGGAUACGAGUCUGGUGGCAGUUAUACUGUCAUCUGUCAGAAAACAGUUACUUCCUUAUCAUGAGGGCAAAGAAAUCUCAGCUUCCGAGUAAACAAAGUUGAAAAAAAAAAAAAAGAAGCAGUACAGUGAUAUUUUACUGAACCAGGCUGUCCUCACUGCUUUGUUGCGCGAUGCGAUACCACUAAUAUUAGUAAUCAAACAUUAAGAUUACUAAUUACUUAAUGCGGCAACACUAUCUCAUAUAUACGGGAAUAGACUGCUUGCAGUCACGUGACUAUCACCUUCUAGCAGUGUAGUAAUAAAAAUUACCAGCGUUGGGUUACUACCUCAUGUAAGCCCUACGUAUAAAAUCUGAGGCACAUCAGUAUCCUUUGUUACUGACCUAUUAUAUAAAAUAUUAUAAAUAAAAUAUACCCUUAUAGGAAAUUUCUACUGAUAAUAAAUAGAUAAAAGAUAACGUUUACGGGCCAGUAUUAAUUGUUAAUGUACAGACAAGAAUUAAAAUUCAAUAUAAUCACUCAUGUUUGUCAUAAGAAGAGAGCUUUAUUCUCUUAACGUUAUCAAUAAUGAGGGUUAAUGGUCACGUGGUCAAACUAGUUUCCUUUUCUGUAAACGUGAUGUUUGAUUUCAGCAAUAAUUUAAAAUAUGGUAUCUGUUGGAACUUUGACCACGUUUGAGUGCAACAGGAGGAAGGUUAACAACCGGCAGAGCAGCCCGGCUUACGUCAAACUAAUGUAAGCUAAUUUACUACACUUGUUUUUAUGGGCUUAAGGAGAAGGGAUCAGGUUUAACUUGCAACUUUCCCUCAAGCUUGGAGUGACUGUGACAGAAAACAAGAAUUGAAUCAAAUAAAUUACUCAUGCUCGAAUGUUUGUUACAAAAAGAGAAACUUUAUUCUCUCCACGUUAUCAAGAAUGAAGAAUAAAGCCAAUGGUCACGUGGUCAACCUCUUGCCUUUCCUGUAAAACGUGAUGUUUGAUUUCUGUAAUCAUUUUAGAAUAAGGAAACUGCUAGAACUUUGACCACGUUUGAGUGCAACAAGAAGAAAGUUACAGCUUACGUCAAUCUAAUGUAAGCCAACACUCUUGUUUUUCUGGGCUAAAUCAGAAGCGGAUCAGGUUUAAUUUGCAACUUUCCCUCAAACUCCCGUCUUCGAGUGGCUGUGAAAGAAAACGAUCGUAAAAGUACAAAAAUGAAAACCGUAAACUCUUCAAAAUCUCAACGAGUCCUUGAGUUUGUUCCGUCAAUUAGACCAUCGUUCCUUUCGGUGGUAUUAGUUUUAGUUUGUGGCUGUCUCUGGGUGAAAAAUGAAGCAACAAACAAACGACUGAUUUCACUGGAAUCUCGUGUUUACUGUGUUCCUUGCACUAAGCGUGGCACCAUUGAUAAUCUUGACAGGAUGACUUUCUCACCGACAAAAGAUAUCGCAAUAGACCUUUCCAAGAAGAUGCAGGCACAAGUUUCAGAUGAUGGGAACGGCUAUACCUCAGGUAAAAUUUAUUCUCACUCUUUUUGCUUGGAUGGCCUUAUGUACAUUGAGGACCGGAUGUUCAGACCUGCUUUUAUUUUCCCUCGGUUAAGACAUAACUCGCUUUCAUGACGUGAGUUCGCGUUAACAACACCGGAUCUUUUGCAAUUCCAAAAUAGUAUUGGAUUUUAACUUAGACUGUAUGAAACUGUUUUCUAUAAUGCUCCCUAGAUGUCAGUAAUUAAGCCACUGUCACUGAUAAAAAACUGAAGAGAUCUACAGCGUAAAUGAAGUUGAAUUUAUAAAUAAUGUGUCUACAAGGGCAGAACAAGAUUCCUUCACGCCCCAAAUAGUCGAUAUCAUUACUAUACAGCUUUUCAACAAGAUUGUCUUUUUAGGAUUUUUAGCUAGACGAGAUUAGAUGAGGUUCCUUAAACAUUUCUUUAAGUGGGGGCUGCAUGUGCUUCUGGUUCAGCUGGUUUGAGGUUGUUUGGGGUCGCGGAAUUGCAAGGUAUUCAUUUUUCGAUUUAUCUGUUUUCUUUCGAUUGAGCUAUUUUCGUUUAGAACGUUCUGGAUAAAUUUUCGAAUAGUAUAGACAUUAUAGAUCAGUAUAGACAAAAGGCGUGUAUUAAGAGAUCAUUCAGUCAUGGAGAUAUUUCCGUUUCUUUCAAAGGAGUUCAGUCUAAUUUGAAAAACCUUUCUUAAUCCUUAUGGGAUUACAAGAGCGAUUGAAAGUAGGUGUAUUCAAGAUCUCAGUUGGCUUGAAAUUCGUGCGCAGGUCUUAAGAUUCGAUUCUAGUUCUUCUUUUUCAAGUUACCUUUAUCAGAAAUGUCAGCCGUAUUUUCUUUCGUUCUUUCUCGAUCUUGUUCAUUUUUUUACAAUUUAUCGAUGGGUAAUUAACAGGUAUUAUCUAAUUUUACUUUACCGCAGUCAGCCCGUUGCCAAUAAAGACAUCAGCAACCAUCCGGAUAAGAAAGCGAAGAAACGUUUUGAACGAUACUUCAAUUGGCAUCACCAUACAAGAAGUGAGAGAAGAAAUCAGCAAACAGUUUGAACAACUUAUGCCCACCAAGUACUGUAAGUCAAGUGACAAGGUAUGUCCUGCAGGUCCCCCCGGAUAUCCUGGUCCCAUUGGAGCGAGGGGACCACGUGGCAGGAGGGGACCAAAGGGAAAUAAAGGUCCUCAAGGUCCCAUGGGACCACGUGGAAAAUCCGGAAAAACAGGACUAACUGGUCCCACAGGACCGAGAGGAGAAAAGGGAUAUAAAGGAGACCCUGGACCAAAAGGCAUGCCGGGGCCACCUGGAAGGCCUGGGAAA